AUGAGCAAAUGCAAAGUGGACAACCAGUUCUACAGUGUGGAAGUAGGAGAUUCCACCUUCACAGUUCUCAAACGCUACCAGAAUCUAAAACCCAUCGGUUCUGGAGCUCAGGGAAUCGUCUGGUGAGUACUGGAAUCCUCAUUUUACACUCUUUGUAGUGUAGUGAAUGAAAAUGUACAUUAUAGAGGACAAAUAAAUUCAUAACUUAAUAUUUGGUUGCUGUAUAAUGUGCUAGUAGAUAGAGUUGUGUGGCUGGAUGUUCGUUGCAUUAUGGUCUUUGCAAAGAUUUAUACUGUGUAUCACGGUGACACAUGUAUUUGUAUAUGUAUGUACAGUAUGUGUGAGAUAAAAACCAUGAGUUUGAUUAAUGAAGAGUUAUAGAAGAAUACCAAAUGGAUGAUUAAAGCUGCAAGCAGCAAUGCUGGGGUUCAAGCUGUGGGCCCACUGUGCCACCAUCAGGACAAAUUGGGCACAUCUCCCUAGGAUGAGCUACUUCUGUAAUUCUUACCAUGCUUGCCAAAUAGCAGAACUCAACAUCAAAAAGAUCAUGCAAUAUGCCUUUGAUAUAUUUUGGACGAUUUGUAAUGAUGUUGACUACUUUAAGCGUCUUCUUCUCCAGAACCGCUGGACUGUUUAGCACCAGAUUUGGUACAUAGCAUCUAUGUACCCAUGUAUUUAAAUGCACAAUUUUCCAGGACUCAAGCUAAAACAAUAUGGCCGCUAUGAGCCAAUGAGCUUGCAUGAUUGUUUUUUCCUGUCCAACAGAGCCACCAUGCGGCCAAACUGAACCGUAGUGGUCCUCUGUAGCUCAAUUGGUAGAGCAUGGCGCUUGUAACACCAGGGUAGUGGGUUCGAUCCCCGGGACCACCCAUACGUAAAAGUUUAUGCGCACAUGACUGUAAGUCGCUUUGGAUAAAAGCAUCUGCUAAAUGGCAUAUUAUUUAUUAUAUACUUUACAGGUUAGCUAGACUCAUAUCCCUGAGCAUGUGGGCCAAAUUCCAUCACUGAGUCAAACGGAUCAAGAGAUAUAAACGUGCCCAUAAUAGCCCCACUGUGUUUAUCUGAAUGUGCUCGCAUAUGUUGAGUCUUGACAGUGUUUGGAACAUGUGUAGCUCAGUUGGUAGAGCAUGGCGCUUGCAACGCCAGGGUUGUGGGUUCGUUUCUCACGGGGGGCCAGUAUGAAAAUGUAUGCACUCACUAACUGUAAGUCGCUCUGGAUAAGAGCGUCUGCUAAAUGACUAAAAUGUAAAUGUAAAAUGUGUAUCAAGUUUUGUUACAAUACGAAUAUCUGUGUUUGACUUAUAUGCAUUUAUGUGCCAGGUCACGCCCAUCUGAAUGUUUAGUGGUCAGUUGUUUGAGAUGCUAGCCUGGAAAAUGUUGUGUUGUGAGAACUUGGUACAAAGUUCCAUGUAUCAAGUUUCGUGCAGAUCGGUCAUUCGGUGCCAGAGUAGUAGCAUUUGAAGUGUUUUAAAUAACAUUUUAAAUGGUAGAAAAUUGAUCAUGGCAGACUUUAUGGGUCACCAGCUUCGCUGCUUAACCCCUAAUUAGCCGAAAAAUAACCCGUUUGGGCAUGAUGUACACGUGUUUGUUUUUAGUUGACUGUGUUUUGUGUAUAUUGUGUAUAUUUAUAUUUGUCUGUGCAAUAUGCGUUUAAUUUGUUUUAUAUUGUAUUUGAUUCUUUAUGUGUUUUAUAAAAUUGUAUAUGCAGGGCUCCCUCAUAAAAAAGAGGUACUGGUCUCAAUGGUGACUCCCUGAUUAAAUAAAGGUAAAUACUUCAUAGGCACUCUGAUGAAUUCUAAAGCUCACUAGGAACUAGGAAGUCAGCUAAUACACAAUAUAAUUCACCUCACGACAGCUCUGUUAGAGGCUAAGAAACAAUAGCCAAUACUUCAUUUGCUCUUCAUUGGAAAAAUAGUUUUCCGUUUUGACACUUUGUCAAUGUCAUUCUUCCCUGGUCUGUCUGGCCGCUGGAAUCAGGGAUGAGAGGGGAUCUGGGCUUCUUUUAAAGUCUGCCUAGCCUUGUGCCUCAGCUGGGGUGACACUGGACAUAACCUGCUCUCUCCCGUGCCCUCCUUUCCAAGGUGAUUGUGUACAUUUGAAAAGAGCUGGGACUGCCAAUGUGAGGGUUGGGCGAGUUGGAGUUCUAAAAUUACUAGAGCGGAAUCCGAAUCCCUAUGACUUGGAUGGGGAAUCACAUUCUAGGAAUUCUAUUGCUAUGGAUGGUACAGAGACAGAGAGGGCCAAUCUAAUUUGUCUGGUUCUUUUACAGAGUCACAUCACAUGGUUUCACAUGACAACAGUAUUAACUCUGCAAAAACACAUAACUACCUACUAUACAAAAAAAUAUAUAGGCUGAAGUACUACAGUACAGCCUUGGGAUUUUUGCAUACUGUUGUCCUGUCUCCAGUCAGACUGCAAAUAACAGAAAUAAAUCCAUAUCCUGAAAUCAACAUUACUAUGCAGAUUCAGGAGACGUUCCCCUGUAUAACAAGACAAUGUUGUGACCACGAGAGAGGGAGACAUGGGCAUGUAUUCAAAGAGCAUCUCAGAGUAGGAGUGCUGAUCUAGGAUCAGGUUCUCCCUGUCUAUAUCAUCUUAUUUAUUAUGUUCUAAAAGGCAAAACUGAUUUUAGAUCAGCACUCCUACUCUGAGACUCUUUGUGAAUAUGGCCCCUUGUUAUACAGGGGAACGUCUCCUGAAUCUUAUUAUACAGUAUAAGAGUUUGCACUACGGUGUGGUUAAGACUAUCCAUGGUUGUAAUCUUCCCCAGUCAUUCAGAUCUGUGUAUUCCUUCCCUUUAUGACCCACAGCCUGGUCAGAGAGCUUUCAGACAGAGAUAGACUGUCACGCCCUGGCUCUGGGGACUCUUAAAUGUUGAGCCAGGGUGUGUAGUGUGUAUGUUUUGUUUUCUAUGUGUUUCUUUCUAGAUCGUUUAUUUCUAUGUUGGCCAGGGUGGUUCCCAAUCAGAGACAGCUGUGGCUCGUUGUCUCUGAUUGGGAACCAUACUUAGGCAGCCUGUUUUGCACUUGUCAUUUGUGGGAUCUUGUUCCGGAGAGGUUUGUGUUUGUUAACCUUAGGACUUCACGUAUCGUUUUGUUGUUCGUGUUUGAAGUACUCAUUAAAAGAUGUACGCAUAUUACGCUGCGCCUUGGUCUGCUUCAUACGACGAUCGUGACAUAGACACCAUCUUAGGACAGAUGCAUUAGCAGGUUGAGCUAGUGGUGAUGAUGUCACCCCAUCCCUUACAUCACAUGGCUCUCAGAGUGACAGUGGCUUUCUAAGGUCCUUAUUGGCUCCAAGCUUUCCAUUAACAUUAUGCUUCUGUUUCCAUGGCCACACCAUCCAUCCUGCACAGUUUAUAGAAAGCUACAGUAUACCUCCCAAGUGCUAACGUUACUAUUUGACUUCAUAUUCACCACAAGGUUUCUAGCAAUUGUUUUGAAUGUCAAUAUAGAAAUGAGGAUAAAUUAAAGAGAUCUUAGAAAACUAGUAAAUAGAUUAUUCCAAGAUAUAGUACAGAAUAUUCUCAUUCAGUGAAUUGUGUAUUGCUGUUAGUUCAUAUGACGAACACACUGUAAUUUCUGUUAGGUAGAUCAUAUGAUGAACACUAACGCUGUCAGAUACAUCUAUUAUUCCUCUGGAGGCCUGGUGCCAGAAUAGUAAUGUAACACUCUGGUUGAUUGGAAAUGAAUUAGCUUUUGCUUCUGCUGUGGUGGGAUUCUGUUGAGUCAGCAUAGUAUAAUAACCUACACACACACACACACACACACACAUGGAGUGACAUUCAGUUGACACAAAGAAGCCCUCCUUAGAAAUAGCUUCCUGUGACGAAUGUUCCUUUGAUCCCAGGGGAACGGUGACGGUACAGUAGGUCAUUAAAGUUUCAUUCUCUCUGGCUUUAAAUAACCACAGUUGCGCCUUUACUCGGGAGAGGAGGACAGGUGUAGGGGUUUUUGUCAACACAACAGUUGUUAGGGUAACAGUUUUUUAAAUCGUUUUGGUGCGAUUUUCACCAGUAUGUGGUACAUUUUCAUAACUCUUAGUGUAAAACUCAAAACAGAUCAUCAAAAAGACAUUUGUUGCAAAACUCUAAGCACAUUUUUAAUUGACUAAGUACAACACACACAAUUAUACAGUACAUUUUUCACCAAACUAAAUCAGUGUUUCAUUGCAAUACAUGUUCAUAUAAAGUAAUUGCCUUUCACAAUGCAAUGCUCACAAAACUUUUAAUAUGAUUCUCUUCACAUUUGUUAAAAUACAUUUUACUAUUACUUAAUCUGACAGCUCUUAAUUGAUCAUCGCUAAACCGUUUGGUAAACCUAUAGAUUGUAAACUGGUUUGUCUACUACAGAUUCUGAGAACUACAUAAUGAAAAUGAAUGUCUAUAAAUUAGAAAGAUAUAAAGUAUGAUAUACACUGAGUGUACAAGACAUUAGGAACACCUUCCUAAUAUUGAGUUGCACCCUCUUUUGCCCUCAGAACAGCCUCAAUUCGUCGGGGCAUGGAAGGUGUCGAAAGCGUUCCACAGGAAUGCUGGACCAUGUUGACUCCAAUGUUUCCCACAGUUGUGUCAAGUUUGCUGGCUGUCCUUCGGGUGGUGGGACAUUCUUGAUCAAUUUAGAUUUUUAGGCUUGAUACAAACGGGAAACUGUUGAGAGUGAAAAAACCAGCAACGUUGCAGUUCUUGACACACUUUAACUGGUGCGCCUGGCACCUACUACCAUACCCCAUUCAAAGGCACUUAAAUAUUUUGUCUUGCCCAUUCACCCUCUGAAUGGCACACAUACACAAUCCAUGUCUCAAGGCUUAAAACUCCUUCUUUAACCUGUCUCCUCCCCUUCAUCUACACUGAUUGAAGUGGAUUUAACACGUGACAUAAAUAAGGAAUCAUAGCUUUCACCUGGAUUCACCUGGUCAGUCUAUGUCAUGGAAAGAGCAGGUGUUCUUAAUGUUUUGUAUACUCUAAUGUACUAUUAUGAUUUUACUUUACAGUAAAUUUAAACUGAUAUUGACAAGAUCAGAGAUGUACUGUAUGUAACAAAUGCAUCCCCUGUACAGUAAACAUGUAUCCAAAAUGAAGUUGCUGGCGUGGGGUUCACACUGCUUUACUAAAAUUGCUUUGGCCAAUACAGUACUUUAAUACCGUAAUACAGUAUAUGCCAUUUACGUAGCAGACACUUUUAUCCAAAGUGACAACAGUGAGUCCGCACAUUUUUGUAUGUGACCCCAGUGGGAAUCGAAGCCACAACUCUGGUGUUGCAAGUGCCAUACGAUCUGAGUCACGUACAGGACCACUACAAUACAUAAGUACAAUACAAUACUGUAAAAUACAAUACAUGACGGUUACAAUACAGGUGAAAGAUGUAUCAUUGCCAUACCCGUGAGAGUACUACCCUCAUUCAGGCCAUGGAUGAGACAUGCAAUGUCAUCAUUCCAGACCUAUGUCAGGCUUGGAUUCACCAUGCAAAAAAGGUUUUUCCUCAGGUGCAUGAACAAUGGGGACAUUUACUGCGAUGUCGAUGAGAACCUAUGACCAAAUGCUCAAGACAGGCUUGAUGCAAACUAGCGCCUUCUAAAUAUUAUGUUACUUUCAUUUAAUUUAAUUUAAGUACAGUACACCUAUAGAAUGUUGUAAUUAUAUCUAAACAAUACAUAUAUUUUUUGCAUCAAUGAUUAUGAAAGAUGUCUUCAAUGAUCACACCUUUCAUCACACAUGGGAUAGAAAUUAUGGUAAUGUUCAGUCAAUUUGAAUGAGUAGCCUAAUGUCAAAACAGUGUUAUGUACUGUAAUGUACAGUACUGUAGCAUAUCACAUUAACAUUUUUGCUAUUGGAUUAACUGGUUGUUAAAAUAACUGAAUUGAAAAGAUACCAUUAUGUUGUGUUUUGUUGAUUAAAUCAAUGUUCUCAUGAUAUUUAACAGUAAACUUAUAUUUUUAUUCAAUGGUUGUGUGGUGAAAGAUGUCUUCAAACAAAAUGAAUGCACAAUAAAAUGUUUUGAAUAUGAGAAAUACCUUAUUUACAUAAGUAUUCAGACCCUUUGCUAUGAGACACGAAAUUGAGGUCAGGUGCAUCCUUUUUCCAUUGAUCAUCCUUGAGAUGUUUCCACAACUUGAUUGGAGUUCACCUGUGGUAAAUUCAAUUGAUUGGACAUGAUUUGGAAAGGCACACACCCGUCUAUAUAAAGUCCAACAGUUGACAGUGCAUUUCAGAGCAAAAACCAAGCCAUGAGAUUGAAGGAAUUGUCCGUAGGGCUCCGAGACAGGAUUGUGUCGAGGCACAGAUCUGGGGAAGGGUACCAAAACAAGAUCCCCAAGAAUACAGUAGCCUCCAUCAUUCUUAAAUGGAAGAAGUUUGGAACCACCAAGACUCUUCCUAGAGCUGGCCGCCCGGGCAAACUGAGCAAUCGGGGGAGAAGGGCCUUGGUCAGGGAGGUGACUAAUAACCUGAUUGUCACUCUGACAGAGCUCUAGAGUUCCUCUGUGGAGAUGGCAGAACAUUCCAGAAUGACAACCAUCACUGCAGCACUCCACCAAUAAGGCCUUUGUGGUAGAGUGGCCAGACGGAAGCCACUCCUCAGUAAAAUGCACAUGACAGACCACUUGGAGUUUGCCAAAAGGCACCUAAAGACUCUCAGACCAUGAGAAACAAGAUUCUCUGGUCUGAUGAAACCAAGAUUGAACUCUUUGGCCUGAAUGCCAAGCAUCAUGUCUGGAGGAAAACUGGCACCAUCCCUACGGUGAAGCAUGGUGGUUGCAGCAUCAUGCUGUGGGGAUGUUUUUCAGCAGGGACUGGGAGACUAGUCAGGAUCGAGGCAAAGUUCACCGUCCAACAGGACAACGACCCUAAGCACACAGCCAAGACAACGCAUGAGUGGCUUCGGGACAAGUCUCUGAAUGUCCUUGAGCAGCCCAGCCAGAGCCUGGACUUGAACCCGAUCGAACAUCUCUGGAGAGACCUGAAAAUAGCUGUGCAGCAACGCUCCCCAUCCAACCUGACAGAGCUUGAGAGGAUCUGCAGAUAAGAAUGGGAGAAUGGGAGAAGCUUGUAGUGUCAUACCCAAGAAGACUCGAGGUUGUAAUCACUGCCAAAGGUGCUUCAACAAAGUACUGUGUAAAGGGUCUGAAUACUUAUGUAAAUGUUAUUUCAGUUUCUUAUUUUUAAUACAUUUGCAAAAAUGUAUAAAAAACUGUUUUUUCUUUGUCAUUAUGGGGAAUUGUGUGUAGAUUGAUGACGAAACAAUCUAUUUAAUCAAUUUUAGAAUAAGGCUGUAACCUAACAAAAUGUGGAAAAAGUCAAGGGGUCUGAAUACUUUCCGAAGGCACUGUACUUGUGAAAAUAGCACCAAAGCUAAUUGAAAAAAAUAACAGUAUUACAAAAAGCAGGUUAUGAUAAAGGUCAGGAUAUAGUAAGGCCUGGUAAUAUGAUGGUAGUAUCAGGAGCCUUGGGGUCAGGGGAACCAUAACACUAGACUGAUAGCUACAGUGAGGGAAAAUAGUAUUUGAUCCCCUGCUGAUUUUGUAUGUUUGCCCACUGACAAAGAAAUGAUCAGUCUAUAAUAAAUAAUGGUAGGUUUAUUUGAACAGUGAGAGACAGAAUAACAACAACAAAAUCCAGAAAAAUGCAUGUCAAAAAUGUUAUAAAUUCAUUUGCAUUUUAAUGAGGGAAAUAAAUAUUUGACCCCCUCUCAAUCAGAAAGAUUUCUGGCUCCCAGGUGUCUUUUAUACAGGUAAUGAGCUGAGAUUAGGAGCACACUUUUAAAGGGAGUGCUCCUAAUUUCAGCUUGUUACCUGUAUAAAAGACACCUGUCCACAGAAGCAAUCAAUCAAUAAGAUUCCAAACUCUCCACCAUGGCCAAGAGCAAAGAGCUCUCCAAGGAUGUCAGGGACAAGAUUGUAGACCUACACAAGGCUGGAAUGGGCUAUAAGACUAUCGCCAAGCAGCUUGGUGAGAAGGUGACAACAGUUUGUGUGAUUAUUCGCAAAUGGAAGAAACAAAAGACCUGUCAAUCUCCCUCGGCCUGGGGCUCCAUGCAAGAUCUCACCUCGUGGAGUUGCAAUGAUCAUGAGAACGGUGAGGAAUCAGCCCAGAGCUACACGGGAGGAUCUUGUCAAUGAUCUCAAGGCAGCUGGGACCAUAGUCACCAAGAAAACAAUUGGUAACACACUACGCCGUGAAGGACUGAAAUCCUGCAGCGCCCGCAAGGUCCCCCUGCUCAAGAAAGCACAUAUACAGGCCCGUCUGAACUUUGCCAAUGAACAUCUGAAUGAUUCAGAGGAGAACUGGGUGAAAGUGUUGUUGUCAGAUGAGACCAAAAUGGAGCUCUUUGGCAUCAACUCAACUCGCCGUGUUUGGAGGAGGAGGAAUGCUGCCUAUGACCCCAAGAACACCAUCCCCACCGUCAAACAUGGAGGUGGAAACAUUAUGCUUUGGGGGUGUUUUUCUGCUAAGGGGACAGGACAACUUCACCACAUCAAAGGGACGAUGGAUGGGGCCAUGUACCGUCAAAUCUUGGGUGAGAACCUCCUUCCCUCAGCCAGGGCAUUGAAAAUGGGUCGUGGAUGGGUAUUCCAGCAUGACAAUGACCCAAAACACACGGCCAAGGCAACAGAGGAGUGUCUCAAGAAGAAACACAUUAAGGUCCUGGAGUGGCCUAGCCAGUCUCCAGACCUUAAUCCCAUAGAAAAUCUGUGGAGGGAGCUGAAGGUUCGAGUUGCCAAACGUCAGCCUCGAAACCUUAAUGACUUGGAGAAGAUCUGCAAAGAGGAGUGGGACAAAAUCCCUCCUGAGAUGUGUGCAAACCUGGUGGCCAACUACAAGAAACGUCUGACCUCUGUGAUUGCCAACUAAAAGGUUACCGACUGGUUACUAAUUAUUGGAUGUUGUUAAAAUGUGUGUGUGUAUUGAUUGCUAAAUGGGAGUUGUAGCAUCUUUCUUAUGAAAACAAUAGUCAGUCUACCCACACAGACAGUCUGUGUGUCCAUCAUGCUUCUGACCUAUUCUCAAGGGUCAUCUCAUGGAGGCUUGUGGUUAAAUCCCUCAUAAUCCUGAAAUAGUGUUCAACAUAGGUUGUUAAAUUGCUGCUGUCUUUUUCAAGUGACCAGAUGACAUAUGACUGAUUAUGAGAUGUAUUCAUAAUCAUUAUGAAACAUAAUCAUGUGUGAACUACCUUUAGUAGUGGUUUCUUUGCAGCAAUUUGACCAUGAAGGCAUGAUUCACACAGUCCCCUCUGAACAGUUGAUGUUGAGAUGUGUCUGUGACUUGAACUCUGUGAAGCAUUUAUUUGGGCUGCAAUUUCUGAGGCUGGUAACUCUAAUGAACUUAUCCUCUGCAGCAGAGGUAAAUCUGUGUCUUCCAUUCCUGUGGCGGUCCUCAUGACAGCCCGUUUCAUCAUAGUGCUUGAUGGUUUGCGCGGUUGCACAUGAAGAAACUUAAAACGUUUUUGAAACUUUCCGUAUUGACUGACCUUCAUGUCUUAAAGUAAUGAUGGACUGUCGUUUCUCUUUGCUUAUUUGAGCUGGUCUUGCCAUAAUAUGGACUCGGUCUUUUACCAAAUAGGGCUAUCUUAUGUAUACCACCCCUACCUUGUCACAACACAACUGAUUGGCUCAAAUGCAUUAAGAAGGAAAGAAAUUCCACAAAUUAACUUUUAACAAGGCACAACUGUUCUUGACAUCAUUUGGACUUGGUCUUUUACCAAAUAGGGCUAUCUACUGUGUACCUCCCUACCUUGUCACAACAAAACUGAUUGGCUCAAAUGCAAUAAUUCCACAAAUUAACUUUUAAGAAGGAACACCUGUUAAUUGAAAUGCAUUCCAGGUGACUACCUCAUGAAGCUGGUUGAGAGAAUGCCAAGACUGUGCAAAGCUGUCAUCAAGGCAAAGGGUGGCUAUUUGAAGAAUCUCAAAUAUAAAAUAUAUUUUGAUUUGUUGAACACUUUUUUGGUUACUACAUGAUUCCAUAAAUGUAAAUUUCAUAGUUUUGAUGUCUUCACAAUUAUUCUACAAUGUACAAAAUAGUAAAACAUUAAGUGUGUAUAUAUAUAUAUAUAUAUAUAUAUAUAUAUAUAUAUAUAUAUAUAUAUACAGUGCCUUCUGAAAUUAUUCAGACCCCUUGACUUUUUCCACAUUUUGUCAGAUUACAGCCUUAUUCUAAAAUUCAUAAAAUUAAAUGUCCUUCUGGAAGGUUCUCCCAUCUCCACAGAGGAACUCUAGAGCUCUGUCAGAGUGACCAUCGGGUUCUUGGUCACCUCCCUGACCAAGUCCCUUCUCCCCCGAUUGCUCAGUUUGCCCAGAGGGAAGCUCUAGGAAGAGUCUUGGUGGUUCUAAACUUCUUAUAUUUAAGAAUGAUGGAGGCCACUGUGUUCUUGGGGACCUUCAAUGCUGCAGAAAUGUUUUGGUACCCUUCCCCAGAUCUGUGCCUCGACACAAUCAUAUCUCGGAGCUCUACGGACAAUUCCUUCGACUUCAUGGCUUGGUUUUUGUUCUGACAUGCACUGUCAACUGUGGGACCUUAUAGACAGUUGAAAUCGGAAGGUUACAUACACUUAGGUCGGAGUGAUUAAAACUCGUUUUUCAACCACUCCACAAAUUUCUUCUUAACAAACUAUAGUUUUGGUAAGUCGGUUAGGACAUCUACUUUGGUUAGGACAUCUACUUUGUGCAUGACACAAGUAAUUCAACAAUUAAUCCAACAAUUGUUUACAGACAGAUUAUUUCACUUAUAAUUCACUGUAUCACAAAUCCAGUGGGUCAGAAGUUUACAUACACUAAGUUCACUGUGCCUUUAAACAGUUUUGGAAAUUCCAGAAAAUUAUGUCAUGGCUUUAGAAGCUUCUGAUAGGCUAAUUGACAUAAUUUUAGUCAAUUGGAGGUGUACCUGUGGAUGUAUUUCAAGGCCUACCUUCAAACUCAGUGCCUCUUUGCUUGACAUCAUGGGAAAAUCAAAAGAAAUCAGCCAAGACCUCAGAAAAAAAAUUGUAGACCUCCACAAGUCUGGUUCAUCCUUGGGAGCAAUUUCCAAACGCCUGAAGGUACCACGUUCAUCUGUUCAAACAAUAGUACGCAAAUAUAAACACCAUGGGACCACGCAGAUGUCAUACCGCUCAGGAAGGAUACGCGUUCUGUCUCGUAGAGAUGAACGUACUUUGGUGCGAAAAGUGCAAAUCAAUCCCAGAACAACAGCAAAGGACCUUGUGAAGAUGCUGGAGGAAACAGGUAAAAAAGUAUCUAUAUCCACAGUAAAACAAGUCCUAUAUCGACAUAACCUGAAAGGCUGCUCAGCAAGGAAGAAGCCACUGCUCCAAAACUGCCAUAAAAAAGCCAGACUACGGUUUGCAACUGCACAUGUGGACAAAGAUCGUACUUUUUGGAGAAAAAUCCUCUGGUCUGAUGAAACAAAAAUAGAACUGUUUGGCCAUAAUGACCAUUGUUAUGUUUGGAGGAAAAAGGGGGUCCUUGCAAGCCGAAGAACACCAUCCCAACCGUGAAGCACGGGGGUGGCAGCAUCAUGCUGUGGGGGUGCUUUGCUGCAGAAGGGACUGGUGCACUUCACAAAAUAGAUGGCAUCACGAGGAAGGACAAUUAUGUGGAUAUAUUGAAGCAACAUCUCAAGACAUCAGUCACGAAGUUAAUGCUUGGUCGCAAAUGGGUCUUCCAAAUGAACAAUGACUCCAAGCGUACUUCCAAAGUUGUGGCAAAAUGGCUUAAGGACAACAAAGUCAAGGUAUUGGAGAGGCCAUCACAAAGCCCUGACCUCAAUCCUAUAGAACAUUUGUGGGCAGAACUUAAAAAGCAUGUGCGAGCAAGGAGGCCUACAAACCUGACUCAGUUACACCAGCUUUGUCAGGAGGAAUGGGCCAAAAUUCACCCAAAUUAUUGUGGGAAGCUUGUGGAAGGCUUACCGAAACAUUUGACCCAAGUUAAACAAUUUAAAGUGCAGUCUCUGACUCACAUCCUGUUUUCUCAAAUAGAAACAUAAUGACUAGAAUGGACAAAGCCCCCCAUACCACAGUAAGUUGACUGGUACAUCCCUGUGGUUCUAAUUCAAUGUUUUUGUCCUGUGUUCUCUGCAGCGCCGGGUACGAUGCGGUCCUCGACAGAAACGUGGCCAUCAAGAAGCUCAGCAGACCCUUUCAGAACCAGACCCAUGCCAAGAGGGCAUACAGGGAACUGGUGCUCAUGAAAUGUGUCAAUCACAAAAACGUGAGAUACAAUGUCAUGUCUCUAUGGUUAAACAAAUAACAAGAUGAUAGUCUAGCUGGUGUUUUGUGGUCUUCUAUUGGCCCAUUCUGUGGUGCUGAUAGAGUGAGUCCCCUCCCCGUAAAGUGAGAGGAGUCUGUGAUCAGAAUGAAUUCCUUUCCUGCCUGGGGCAAUGAGAGUGAGUGAGUGAGUGAGUGAGUGAGUGAGUGAGUGAGUGAGUGAGUGAGUGAGUGAGAGAGAGAGAUCCACUUUUCAAUAUGGCAAUAUGUUCACCCAGUUUUUUCUGUUAUCUUUCUCUUUCAGAUCAUCAGUUUAUUAAAUGUUUUCACACCACAGAAAUCACUAGAAGACUUCCAGGAUGUGUAAGUACAGUAAACAACAUUCAGAGAAAAAAAUGAAUAAUUGUGAGAUUAUAUUUACCUUAUGGGGUGGCAGGUAGUUUAGUGGUUAAGAGCGUUGUGCCAGUAACCAAAAGGUCGCUGGUUCUAAUCCCCGAGCCGACUAGGUGAAAAAUCUGUCGAUGUGCCCUUGAGCAAGGCACUUAACCCUAAUUGCUCCUGUAAGUCGCUCUGGAUAAGAGCGUCUGCUAAAUGACUAAAAAUAAAAAGACCAUAAAACUGAAAUAUAACAUUUACAUAAGUAUUCAGUACUUUGUUGAAGCGCCUUUGGCAGCGAUUACAGCCUUGAGUCUUCUUGGGUAUGACACUACAAGCUUGGCACACCUGUAUUUGGGGACUUUCUCCCAUUCUUCUCUGCAGAUCCUCUCAAGCUCUGUCAGGUUGGAUGGGGAGCGUUGCUGCACAGCUAUUUUCAGGUCUCUCCAGAGAUGUUCGAUCUGGUUCAAGUCCGGGCUCUGGCUGGGCCACUCAAGGACAUUCAGAGACUUGUCCCGAAGCCACUCCUGCGUUGUCUUGGCUGUGUGCUUAGGGUUGUUGUCCUGUUGGAAGGUGAACCUUCGCCUCAGUCUGAGGUCCUGAGCGCUCUGGAGCAGGUUUUCAUCAAGGAUUUCUCUGUACUUUGCUCCGUUCAUCUUUGCCUCGAUCCUGACUAGUCUCCCAGUUCCUGCCGCUGAAAAACAUCCCCACAGCAUGAUGUUGCCACCACCAUGCUUCACCGUAGGGAUGGUGCCAGGUUUCCUUCAGACAUGGCGCUUGGCAUUCAGGCCAAAGAGUUCAAUCUUGGUUUCAUCAGACCAGAGAAUCUUGUUUCUCAUUGUCGGAGAGUCUUUAGGUGCCUUUUGGCAAACUCCAAGCAGGCUGUCAUGUGCCUUUUACUGAGGAGUGGCUUCAGUCUGGCCACUCUACCAUAAAGGCCUGAUUGGUGGAAUGCUGCAGAGAUGGUUGUCCUUCUGGAAGGUUCUGGAACUCUAGAGCUCUGUCAGAGUGACCAUCGGGUUCUUGAUCACCUCCCUGACCAAGGCCCUUCUCCCCCGUUUGCUCAGUUUGCCCGGGCAGCCAGCUCUAGGAAGAGUCUUGGUGGUUCCAAACUUCUUCCAUUUAAGAAUGAUGGAGGCCACUGCGUUCUUGGGAACCUUCAAUGCAGCAGAAAUGUUUUGGUACCCUUCCCCAGAUCUGUGCCUCGGCACAAUCCUGUCUCGGAGCUCUACUGACAAUUCCUUCGACCUCACGGCUUGGUUUUUGCUCUAACAUGCACUGUCAACUGUGGGACAUUAUAUAGACGGGUGUGUGCCUUUCCAAAUCAUGUCCAAUCAAUUGAAUUUACCACAGGUGGACUCCAAUCAAGUUGUAGAAACAUCUCAAGGAUGAUCAAUGGAAACAGGAUGCACCUGACCUCAAUUUCGUGUCUCAUAGCAAAGGGUCGGAAUACUUAUGAAAAUAAGGUAUUUCAGUUUUUUUUUAUUUUAUACAUUUGCAAAAAUAAAUCUAAAAACCUGUUUUUCGCUUUGUCAUUAUGGGGUAUCGUGAGUAGAUUGCUGAGGAUAUAUAUAUAUAUAUAUAUAUUUUUUUUUAAUACAUUUUAGAAUAAGGCUCUAAUGUAACAAAAUGUGGGAAAAGUAAAGGGGUCCAAUGGCACUGUACCUUCAAGACUCUUGUUAAAGUAUUCUCAGUGUGAGAAAAUAAUCACUGAAAGUGAUGUCAGUGAAAGUGAUAGUAGUGUAGUGUAAUUUGAAAGCUCAGGCUCUGUGUCUUUGUACUGAAUGAUUAGUGAAUUUGUAGAUUGAUGAUACUGCAGUGAAUGGAAGGAAGCAUGCUUGUCUAAGGAAGUUUACCUUCAAUACAUUUCCAUUCAUCAGUGUGCAAGGAAUGGUGUGUCAAUUAUUGGAGUUUAUUGCAAAAUAAACAACAUAUGUGCAUGAAAUUAAAAUGUAUUACAACAUUUUUAAAAAGUAUGGGCUUUUCUAUGUACAGUAAAAUCAUUUUUAAAUAUGUACCUGUAUGUACAUUUUUUGGGUACAGAAAAUGGGAAAUACACUUUCCAAUUCAGUCAAUUUUGUGUGUCAGGGCAUUAAGAUAAGAUGACAAGAUGCUCAAUAUGGUAACGAGCACAAUGACGGUCAUUAAUCAAUGUAAAACAUAGAGUAUGUAGAUUCCCAUUGAUGCUCUGCAGAGUGGUGUCCAUUGUGUUGAGAAUAGAUGUAAAGGGGAAAGAGAGGAGGAAUGAUAGAAGAGAUGUGGUGAAGGGGUAGGGAGGAGAGUGGGAAUCAUAAAUUAGAGUAGGGCCUCUUGGGUUGAAGCAUCUCUUCUCUUUUAUUAGACCUCUGUUCCAGUAAAAAUUAUCAUAAGAGUUAUGCCGAAGUGUAGGUUUAUUAGAACUUCUCCUAGUGUUACCCUGUCUCUCUCUGGUGUUCAAAGGGUUUUCAGAAGCAAAGAUCACAGUGACAUUCUGGAGAUUAUUUUACUACAGCCAUAUUUUCCAUUGAACAUGCUUUUUAGUCUAGGCUUAAUCUGUGUCCAUAAAUCCAGUCCUCAGUGCAUUACCAGUUGUGAAAACAUACUAUAACUGUAUAUAUCACCUUCCCAGGUACCUGGUGAUGGAGCUGAUGGAUGCCAACCUGUGCCAGGUGAUUCAGAUGGAGCUAGACCAUGAGAGAAUGUCCUACCUGCUCUACCAGAUGCUGUGUGGCAUCAAACACCUGCACUCCGCUGGAAUCAUACACAGGGUGAGAAGGCCUGUGUGUGUGUAGUAAACAUAACACAUGCUCAACAUUGCACUGCUCAUAACCCAGUGGGCAGCGCUGGGGGAAAUUACGUCAUUGCAACCGGUUUUGCCUGCUGUGAAAUGCCAUCUGUGGACAUUUAGAAUAAAAAUACUGUAGUAGCUAGCAUCACUUGUUACAUUUUUACCUCAAUAAUCCUCAUCUCUUUGAUGUUGCUUUCCCUCUGAAGGACCUGAAACCUAGCAAUAUAGUGGUGAAGUCUGAUUGUACGCUGAAGAUCCUAGACUUUGGCCUGGCCAGGACUGCAGGUACCAGUUUCAUGAUGACCCCGUACGUAGUGACACGGUACUACAGAGCUCCAGAGGUCAUCCUGGGGAUGGGGUACAAAGAGAACGGUAAGACAGGUUCGAGAAUGUGUUCUAGUGUUCUAGUGUUCUAACACUGUAACAUGCUUCUGCUAGUGUGUGUUCUAAUACUGUAACACACCUCUGCUGGAUGUGUUCUAACAUUGUAACACACACUUGCACUAAAAUCCAGGGUUGGGGUCAAUUAAUACCCAUAACGCACUGACACCUCUGGUGACACAGAACACAAGCAUAUCUUCUUCUUUGUCACCUUAUCUAUUACUGAAGUGUGUGCCUUGAACACCUCAUUUUAUCCACUGUGUUUCGAAUCAGAGUACCCUUUUGAAAAUGAGAUAAAGUUACUUCCGGUAGCUAACUCUAGCCUUCACUGCAUGGAUGAGGAAAAUGAAUGCGUAAAUAGACCUUUAUAGCUCUGUACUCUUUGUGUAUUUGACUGGUAACCUUGGUGAUUACUGAAUAGCUGUAUGGUUCACAGCAUACUACCCUGCAUCCCACUGCUGGCUUGCCUCUGAAGCUAUGCAGGGUUGGUCCUGGUCGAUCCCUGGAUGGGAGAUCAGAUUCUACUGGAAGUGGUGUUGGAGGGCCAGUAGGAGGCACUCUUUCCUCUGGUUUAAAAAAAAUAUGCCACAGGGCAGUGAUUGGGGACAUUACCCUGUGUAAGGUGCUGUCUUUCGGAUGGGAUGUUAAACGGGAGUCCUGACUCUGUGGUCACUAAAGAUCCCAUGGCACUUAUCGUAAGAGUAAGGGUGUUAACCCUGGUGUCCUGGCUAAUUUCCCAAUCUGGCCCUCAUACAAUCAUGGCCACCUAAUCAUCCCCAGCUUCCAAUUAGCUUAUUCAUCCUCUCCCAUGUAAUUAUUCCCCAGGUCGUUGCUGUAAAUGAGAAUGUGUUCUCAGUCAACUUACCUGGUUAAAUAUAAAAACUAGACUAGACAUAGGCCUGUAGGCAGAGAGAGCAGGCCAUGGAUUUCCUGCCACCAGCAAAGCCCCUGGAGUCUCGGACUACUUCUCUUUAUUAGUGGAAUAGUCAUUUGUCUGCAUGCUACCUCUCUUCUCUCGCACUAAUUAUUUCUUAGUCUGAAUAACCAACCGCCACAUUCAAAUUACUAUCUGUUUUCUGUCAGCUCUCUAUCGACAAGGGUUCUUUCUCAAUUCCUCGUUCCUCAAUUCCUCGCACCCUCUAUCAUAUCCUCGCCUCAUUCUCAAAACGCAUCGGAGGAGAACUUGAAGGUCAGAGGGGAGGGACCUUGGACCUCUAAUUCAUUUUUGAGAAAGAAGAGAGGAGAAAGGAUGCGAGGAAUUGAGGAAAGAGGAACUGAGAAAGAGCCUACGUUUUCUUUUCUAAUGCUAACCUCUGACUUAUCUCUCACUCUCUGUCUCUGUACCUGCAGUGGAUAUAUGGUCGGUGGGGUGCAUUAUGGGAGAAAUGGUGCGUCACAAAAUCCUGUUCCCUGGCCGUGACUGUAUCCUUAUUCAGAUAAUGUAAAUAAUGACCGUUGAUCUCGUUCAAAGAAUAAGGGCGCCAUUUUCCCCUCGCAAAGACAGCUGCGAACACACAGUAACAUUUUAAAUAAACGGGAGCUCCGAUAAAGGAUGACCUCACAUACAUUUUUCAAAUAAAGUUACAUAAAUUGUGCUGCAGAUUAUAAUUUCACUCGUUCCGUAUAUAUUUAAAAUCUUACAAUGUGUUAGCUUACAGGGAAGGUGUCUUUGUUGAAGGAAAAUGUUUCCCCAAGAGUUAUGCAUGUCGUGUUUGCAAUCAUGUUUGGAUUGUACACUACAUGACCAAAAGUAUGUGGACACCUGCUCGUCGAACAUCUCAUUCCAAAAUCAUGGACAUUAAUAUGGAGUUGGUCCCCCCUUUGCUGCUAUAACAGCCGCCACUCUUCUGGGAAGGCUUUCCACUAAAUGUUGGAACAUUGCUGCAGGAACUUGCUUCCAUUCAGCCACGAGCAUUACUGAGGUCGGCACUGAUGUUGGGCGAUAGGCCUGGCUCGCACUCGGUGUUCCAAUUCAUCCCAAAGGUGUUCAAUGGGGUUGAGGUUAGGGCUCUGUGCAGGCCAGUCAAUUUCGUCCUCACUGAUCUCGACAAACCAUUUCUGUAUGGACUUCGCUUUGUGCACGGGGGCAUUGUCAUGCUGAAACAGGAAAGGGCCUUCCCCAAACUGUUGCCACAAAGUUGGAAGCACAGAAUCGUCUAGAAUGUCAUUGUGUGCUGUAGCGUUAAGAUGUCCCUUCACUGGAACUAAGGGGCCUAGCCCUAACCAUGAAAAACAGCCCUAGACCAUUAUUCCUCCUCUACCAAACUUUACAGUUGGCACUAUGCAUUCGGGCAGGUAGCGUUCUCCUGGCAUCAGCCAAACCCAGAUUCGUCCGUCGGACUGCCAGAUGAAUCGUGAUUCAUCACUCCAGAGAACACGUUUCCACUGCUCCAGAGUCCAGUGGCGGCAAGCUUUACACCAGUUUGGAACUCGGUAGUGAGUGUUGCAACCGAGGACAGAUUUUUACGUGUUAUGCGCUUCAGCACUAGGCGGUCCCGUUCUGUGAGCUUGUGUGGCCUACCACUUCGCGGCUGAGCCGUUGUUGCUCCUAGACGUUUCCACUUCACAAUAACAGCACUAACAGUUGACCGGGGCAGCUCUAGCAGGGCAGAAAUUUGACUAACUGACUUGUUGGAAAGGUGGCAUCCUUUUUUUUAUUUUUUUAUACGCAUUCGCAUUUCGAAAAUGUACUGCAUGUUCGAUCCAAGUCUACUAUCGCCGUUGAUAUGGCCUGUUAGUGACUUUGCCACGUGAAAGGUAAACAAAAGAACAGGCAAAUAGCCUAGGCUACAAGUGGAUUCAGCAUCAAGGACAGCGAUCGGAAUUCCUGUGAUUUGACAGUUACAUCCAACAGACGAAAGUGGAAGAUCCAUGUUUUUAACAAAAUUAUAAAGGAAAAACAAUAAGCAUUCUAUUGUAAUAACUUGAUGUGCCUAAACAGAUUCCCUACAGUCACUGACACCUUUCAUUCAAUGGGCAUAAUGAGUCCAAGCAUUUCACAGAAGCUGCAUGGACAAAAAUAAUGUCCAAUAUAAAGAAAAAACUGGAAUGUCUGUUGACUGUUUAGCUGCUCGAGAUAUUUUAAUAAAAUAUUGAUUAUAUGCUAUUGAUUAGGCUACUGUGGGCCUCCGCUGGCAAAAUCGAUGCCAUAACCAAUUAAGUUACAGCUAAGAACAGCUUUUGGUGAGUCUUAAAUAUCACCAGUAGCGCUGCUUGAAAUUGGCACAUUGGUGCACGUUUUUAAGGACACAACUAAAAUAUUUCCACCCCUCCCUCCUCGGCACAAGCGAGCUGAUAUAAGACAGGUAAAUUACCAAUCCUGGCGCCUGGCUUUUACAAGUCGAAAUUGCCAAAGACUGUACGUUUGACACUUGCGCCACCUUAACACCAGCCGAAAAUAGAGGCCUAUGACUCUCAGACUCUCUGAAGGUGAAUCAAAUCAAUACGUGGCCUGUGCUCCUCUGUUAGGUACAAGGGUUUCCCUGUAGCUCUAUUUUCUCUAACCAAUCUUGCUACUGUACUGGCUGGCUUCAUAACAUCUCUAACAGCUCAAAUAAUAUAUUUAAUAAUGAUAUAUCACCAUUUCAAUAAUUCACGCUAAAUUCAGUAACCCCUUAAAAAAUGUUUUGUAUUUUCCUGUUUAUAUAAAUUAAUUACUUGAAGUAUGUGAUGACAAAGCCAUGGAUCCAUCAUGGAAAUAGAAUUACUAAUUAUAUUUCUAUGGGAAUCCAUCCUGUAUUGAACCUCUAUUUCGGGCACCCCUUUGGCGGAAUGAGACCUCCCUCACUCUGAAUAUUUAUGCUUUUCUUAAUUGGAAUAUUUCUGCCGCCGCGUGCGUCUGCCUGGAGUGUGUUGUAUACACUGUGGGGUCAGACACCGUACGCCAUGCCCCCCAGGUUACAUAUCCCAGCAUGGCAGGGAUGGCCCCCUGGGGCUAAUGGGAGAGCAACGUCCUGAUAAUUAGCAUUCUAGCUUUGAGGGUGCCUGUGUGUGUCUAUAAGGGUGUCUGCCAGGGCAAAACAAGGAUAUUUGGUGGCUCUUAGACAAUCAUUACUCCAUAAGUAUUAAUUUAUUCAGCAACAGUGAAUUUUCCUGAGUUGAACACCUUCAGAAACCUGUAUUCAUGCUGAAAUGCAGAAUGCAUUGUAAGGCCAAUGUGUCAUCAUCCUAACAUGAUAGUCAAUGCCAAUCAAGACGCCAGCAGUGAAAUCUGGAAGUUGCGAGAACCUACAGUCCUCUUCUGCAUGAUUUAUGCACUAGAGUGGCUUUACUGUGCUUUAAGAAAAGCUCUGUAAGGGCAGUGUGGCGUUAAUCACAUACUCUUGCUAGAUCAGUGGUCACCAACCUUUUCUGAGUCAUGAUCACUUUCGCAGUCAAAAAGCAAGCUGAGAUCUACCGCUCAGAGUAAAAAAAAAAAAUAUGAUUUCAUUUUUUAACAUUAACCUAAGCUCUGUAGGAAUGAGGUUUGUGCAGUAGGCCUAAUACAUUAUCACAGCAUAUUGGUUAUAGGCCUGGCCUGACAAUAUUGUUAUUCUCAGACAAUAUUAUAUUUCAAAAGUCAAGCUUUGAUAACAAAAUAGAUCAGUUGGUGUAGAACUUGCGAGGCACAGCUGCGCAUAAAUUGAAAUAAUUAGCUAUUUCUUUUUUACUGCAUCUGAUGGUCAUGGUGCUUUCAAGACAACCGGGAACUCAAAAAAUAAUGAAAAGGUCAAAUCAUGACGUCAGUGAUCUUCAGGUCGGAGCUUUAGAAAGAUGCCAGAGUUUCCGACUUGGAAUUCCGAGUUGGAUGACCGGUCGAAAACAAAACUCCCAGUUCUCAGUUGUCUUGAACGCACUGAAGGCGGAUGUCGGAGAUCUCCCAGUUCCCAGUUGUUUUGAACACAUUUGACACGGCAUUAGUCUCAGCGAAGGGAGGGAGAGAGCAGCAGAGGGUCCGCCUCUCACGGUCCCUGCUCUCUCAUUCCUUUCCUCUGGUGAGACUGACCAGAGAGAGUGGACACCGUCUUCCACCUGAUGGAGAAACUUGAGUUGCACCGCAUCUGCAUCUGCCUCAUGCACAAAUUCAUGUUGUUCCUAUGACCAGAGAAAGUGAAAUAUUCCUCAAUAUUAUAAUAGACAAGACGAGCUGCUAAUAAUAAAAAUGCAGGGCUAACGAUACACUUGGCUACUCAUUCAAUGCAGCGCGAGCGGAAGUAGGGAGAAGUGCAUUUUAUGUUUUGUAAUAGUGUUGAAUAAAAACAGUGUUCACAGUGCUUAAUAAAAACUUAAACGUGAACUCACUCAUAAAAACAGCAGUUAUUUGCUGUAUUCUUUGACAUUCUCUCUCUGGUCAUGGUUUUAAAAGUUAUGAAAUCUCAGGUAGGCUUGUAUCAAACUUUGCUGUGGGUAGGGUCUUGGAAGCUGUAGGUACGGUGAUUUGAGCUAUUGGAUUGGCCAGCGCAGUAGGCACACUUGAUUUAGCCACAGAUCUCCUGGUCCACCGGGUAGGCGGAGUUUGUCUUUUAAGACAAAUUAAAUGGUCCAAAAUGUGAACACUUUGCCUACCCAGUUCGCAUGGCUUCUGAAUCAGGUGCACCUAUUGCCCACAGCGCAACACAAAUAUAUAUAUAUAUUUUUUCACAAGCCUUUAUCGUUGGCGUUUCUACAGAAAUGUUUGGCGAUCGACUAGGAAUGCCUUGAUCGUGAUCGACCGGUUGGUGACCACUGUGCUAGAUAAUAACUGACGAAGACAGCAGUGUCUUAAGUUUAACAGCCAUUGCUGUGAUAUUGAUGCGCACAACAAUACACAAAACAUAACAUGUUUACAAUUACAUGACAGACAGGACUCACAAAGACGUGGCAUUUUUUUGUAUGUCUGCGUGCAGUGUGUGGUUGAUGGAGUUUGUGUUACAUGUGUCAUAUAUGUAUCUGCAUGUCAUGUAUGCUGGGUGACUGGUAUGGGACUGUGUCUGGCUGCAGUGGACAUGUGGUCUGUGGGCUGCAUCUUUGGAGAGGUGAUAAGAGGGACAGUGCUGUUCCCAGGCACCGACCGUAUCCUUGCCUCCUUGCCUCCUUCUGGUGCUGUCAUCAACACUAUACUGUACACUGCUAGAAGAACCAAAUACUGUAUAGGGUUAAAUGGCUAGCGUCAUAUAUGGCCCUUAAAACAGUUUUAUAUAGAACAUUUGGAGAGGUAUCCUUGCCUCCUUCUGUAGACUGUAACUAGUAUCAAUACAUUGACACAUUGGCUGUGCUACUAGUUCACCACAGCUAACUAGCUAGUGAUUUCACAUCGGCUACACGUACAUCAUUCUGGCCUUCUUCCAUCCUUUACAAUAUAUCAGGACUGUCAUCGAGAUGAGCAGUUUGAACACCAUCAUAAAAGCUGAACAUUUUGAAAAUAGCCUAAAUUCAUGAUGAGGGAUACUCAUCUGUAUAAAAAGCAAAUGCUUUCUUUUGAAACACAAAUUAACAUAUUUAUCUAUAUGGAAAUGUUUUAAUUCCAGCUAUUUAAAAAAAAUCUAAUUAGACAGCUAAACAUCCAUGUAGAAUAAUUUGAAGGAAUGAAAGGCUCCUCUCACUGCAUUGUGUAGAUUGGACUCCUUUUCAUGCAUUGUGUAGAUGUGAUUCCCACAGUGUGAUGUAGACAAAGAGGAAAUGAAAACGGCGUUCCAGCAGGAUGAGGUCAUGUGUUUCUGGAUGUCCUGGCUGGCUGGCACCCUCUUUGAACUGGCACCCCCCUGCGGAAGAUGAAGAGAUAAAAGACACAGACCCCCUCAGCCUGGUCACACACAAACACACACACCAUCCUUUCCCCCUCUGUUCCUAUCCCAAAAUAGUGCUGAUCAUUCAAAUCAAGUUUCAAGUUUAUUUGCCAUUUGUAAUAAAUUAAAUGGAAAUCGAGCUCUCCCAAUAAAAACAGCAUUAAAAACUGCAAUCUAACACAAAAUCACACCAAUUGGCAUCUGGAACUUUGUACAAUACCAGUACAAUAAUAUCCAUAUUCAUAAAGCAUUGGUUAUACAUUUGAGAGAACUAGGAACUGUUUCAAUCUGCUAUCUGCUAGUUUGAAAACCCACAUUAAACACAAAUGUAGUUACAACUAAUUUAACCCAGCACUAGGGAACAGUUUAAAUCUAUUAAAGGGCUAGGAAACCAAGGAGGAAAUAUUCCCAUCAGUGAUGUGUUGGCUCCGCUCACUAGCACCGUGACUAUGUCCCGAAUGGCACCCUAUUCCCUAUAUAGGGGACCUGGUCAAAAGUAGUGCACUAUAUAGGGAAUAGGGUGCAAUUUGGGGGCGGGGGGGUCUCUGACCAAUAGUACAUUCAGACAGGACUCUCUAUACAUUGUUCUGACACGUACAUCUGGAGAGUCUUGCGUCAGUAUAGAAGGUACUAUACUAGUGUUUAUUGUCGACAAUGUAAGUAUUUUAUUAUCUAUUUAAUUUGUUUAUUUGUCAGAGACCAUGCACAACACAUUGCACCAGAGUUAGCUACAUAUCUCAUUCCAUUGGCAAUCCCUCCCUACCAAGUUGACACCUUUUUUUGUAGUGAUUCAUAGGAGUACAAGGCAUUGUUCAUUUGUGAACCCACUCACAGUCCAUACUGCCUGUCACGAUCGUCAUACAUAGAGGAGGACCAAGGCGCAGCGUGUUGAGCGAACAUACUUUAAUUAGUUAAAGUGCACACACGAUACAAAACAACAAAACGACUCGUAACGUCCUAGGUAACAAUGACCAACUGGAACAAAAACCCACAAACACAAAGGGAAAACAGACAGUUUAAAUAUGGCUCCCAAUCAGAGACAACCAGCCACAGCUGACACUCGUUGCCUCUGAUUGGGAGUCACUCAGGCCAACAAAGAAACAGAAGAACUAGAACCCCCAACAUAGAAAUAUAACACAUAGAAUGAACACACCCUGGCUCAACAUAUAGAGUCCCAGAGCCAGGGUGUGACAGUACCCCCCCCUAAAGGCGCGGACUGCGACCGCGCCUCCACUAGAACAAAACAGGGGAGGGCUGGGUGGGCAUUCCUCCUCGGCGGCGGUUCUGGCUCCGGCCUUGCCCACCACCCUCCAAUAAACCCCCCAUAGCGCCCCUGGUCCGGUCUGGCCCCGCUGGCUGGAGCUGAACUGGACGUAGCAGGAGCGGUUAGCUUCAGCUCCGUAGUGGAGCAGUUGACCGGUACCUUACCAGGCACCGGUGACCCAGGCACGGGUUGUGCUGGACUGACGACGCGCACCCCUGGCUUGGUGCGUGGAGCCGGAACGGGCCGGACCGGGCUGACGACUCGCACUCCUGGCUUGGUGCGUGGAGUAGGAACGGGCCGAACCAGGCUGACGACUCGCACCCCUGGCUUGGUGCGUGGAGUAGGAACGGGCCGGACCAGGCUGACGACUCGCACCCCUGGCUUGGUGCGAGUGGCAGGAACAGGCCGGGCCGGGCUGGCGACGCGCACCGUAGACUUGGUGCGAGUGGCAGGAACAGGCCGGGCCGGGCUGACGAUGCGCACCCCUGGCUUGGUGCGUGGAGCAGGAACAGGCCGGACCGGGCUGGCGACGCACACCGUAGGCUUGGUGCGUGGAGCAGGGACAGGCCGGACCGGGCUGGCGACGCACACCGUAGGCUUGGUGCGAGGAGCAGGGACAGGCCGGACUGGGCUGGCGACGCACACCGUAGGCUUGGUGCGAGGAGCAGGGACAGGCCGGACCGGGCUGGCGACGCACACCGUAGGCUUGGUGCGAGGAGCAGGGACAGGCCGGACCGGGCUGGCGACGCACACCGUAGGCUUGGUGCGUGGAGCAGGAACAGGCCGGACCGGGCUGGCGACGCACACCGUAGGCUUGGUGCGAGGAGCAGGGACAGGCCGGACCGGGCUGGCGACGCACACCGUAGGCUUGGUGCGUGGAGCAGGGACAGGCCGGACCGGGCUGGCGACGCACACCGUAGGCUUGGUGCGAGGAGCAGGGACAGGCCGGACCGGGCUGGCGACGCACACCGUAGGCUUGGUGCGUGGAGCAGGGACAGGCCGGACUGGGCUGGCGACGCACACCGUAGGCUUAGUGCGUGGAGCAGGGACAGGCCGGACCGUACUGGGGACACACACCACUGGCUCUAUACCGGGAUCUGGAACGGGCCGGACCGGACUGGUAACACACCCCAGUACCUCUCGCCGUGCCUCUAAACCUUCCUUCCCUUCCUUUACCAGUGACCCCCGUAACCUGGUGGCCCUCUGAAUACGCCCCUUGUCUGCCUCCGUCAGCCCCGUCGUCCAUGCCGUGUGCCCCCCCCUAAAAAUUUUCUGGGGUUGCCUCUCGCCUGUCCGACGUUGACCCGUUUGGCGCCGCUGCUCCUCUCUCCGGCGCGCCUCCACCGUCUCUUCCCACGGACGCCGAUCCAUCCCGGCCUGUAUCUCCUUCCAUGUCCAGGCUGCCUGGUCCUGGACACGCUGCUUGGUCCUUGUAUGGUGGGUUUUUCUGUCACGAUCGUCAUACAUAGAGGAGGACCAAGGCGCAGCGUGUUGAGCGAACAUACUUUAAUUAGUUAAAGUGCACACACGAUACAAAACGACUCGUAACGUCCUAGGUAACAAUGACCAACUGGAACAAAAACCCACAAACACCAAGGGAAAACAGACAGUUUAAAUAUGGCUCCCAAUCAGAGACAACCAGCCACAGCUGACACUCGUUGCCUCUGAUUGGGAGUCACUCAGGCCAACAAAGAAACAGAAGAACUAGAACCCCCAACAUAGAAAUAUAACACAUAGAAUGAACACACCCUGGCUCAACAUAUAGAGUCCCAGAGCCAGGGUGUGACACUGCCACUGCACAAUAUUGCACAAUGUUGAUCAACAUCUGACUGUCAGAAUAGAAAGAGAUCUCUUUUUUUCUGCGAUUGAACUGAUUCAAUAUGGAAGAGAGAACUUGUUUGAGAAAUGGCAGAUUAUAGAAAAGUUGUCUGAUACUGAUAUGCUCAUGUCCCUCCGCUUAGUGAUAUGUCCCAAUGUGGCUCUUACGCAUCUGCUUGUAGGACUAUUGUAGGCCUAUGCAUGAAUGAUGAGUAUUGGACAAACAGUACAUUGUCCCCUUCAAUGGUUAGUGAUAUAUAUUAAAGCCUAUAUUUUAUUUAUUUGAGACAGCCAGAGUGCUGUCCUGUCCAAGUUUGUUGUGUGUUUUCCUUAACCCCACCCCCUCUCAGAUAUCGACCAAUGGAAUAAGGUGAUUGAGCAGCUGGGCACGCCCUCACCAGAGUUUAUGAAGAAGCUGCAGCCCACUGUCCGUAGCUACGUAGACAACAGGCCCAAAUACGCAGGCCUCACCUUCCCCAAACUCUUCCCCGACUGCCUCUUCCCUGCAGACUCAGAGCACAACAAACUCAAAGGUAAGUGAGACAAUAAAGUAUUCUAUAGCCUAAACUUUCUGGUAUUUCUAAUUCUAUGCUUAUAGCCCUUAGAGUAUGUGUGUGGAGGUUGUGUAGUUUGUUUAUUUGUGUAUGUACGUGUGUGUUGUAGGCCUACCUACAGAAGCAGAAUCUCAAUCAGUAAUUAUAUGGCAUGUACACUGUAUGUCUCUGUGUGAUAAAGGCAAAAAUGUUUUAUGUCUGUGCUCAAUAGUAAUCUCAUAAAACAAGACUCGCUCAGAGGCAGUGUGGCUCGCGAGGGGCCAGCCUAGGUGAAGUAAUAUAGCUUCACUUAAAUUGGUUGACUUUGAUGGUAUACCAAUUGAGGUGUACAUGUUUUUUUUAUUAUUAUUGAGGUGUACAGUGGCUUGCGAAAGUAUUCACCCCCCUUGGCAUUUUUCCUAUUUUGUUGCCUUACAACCUGGAAUUGAAAUGGAUUUUUGGGGGGUUUGUAUCAUCUGAUUUACACAACAUGCCUACCACUUUGAAGAUACAAAAUAUUUUUUCUUGUGAAACAAACAAGAAAUAAGACAAAAAAACAGAACUUGAGCGUGCAUAACUAUUCACCCCCCCAAAGUCAUUACAGCUGCAAGUGUCUUGGGGUAUGUCUCUAUAAGCUUGGCACAUCUAGCCACUGGAAUUUUUGCCCAUUCUUCAAGGCAAAACUGCUCCAGCUCCUUCAAGUUGGAUGGGUUCUGCUGGUGUACAGCAAAAGUCAUACCACAGAUUCUCAAUUGGAUUGAGGUCUGGGCUUUGACUAGGCCAUUCCAAGACAUUUAAAUGUUUCCCCUUAAACCACUCAAGUGUUGCUUUAGCAGUAUGCUUAGGGUCAUUGUCCUGCUGGAAGGUGAACCUCCGUCCCAGUCUCAAAUCUCUGGAAGACUGAAACAGGUUUCCCUCAAGAAUUUCCCUGUAUUUAGCGCCAUCCAUCAUUCCUUCAAUUCUGACCAGUUUCCCAGUGCCUGUCGAUGGAAAAACAUCCCCACAGCAUGAUGCUUCCACCUCCAUGCUUCACUGUGGGGUUGGUGUUCUUGGGGUGAUGAGCGGUGUUGGGUAUGCGCCAGACAUAGCUUUUUCCUUGAUGGCCAAAAGGCUCAAUUUUAGUCUCAUCUGACCAGAGUACCUUCUUCCAUAUGUUUGGGUAGUCUCCCACAUGCCUUUUGGCGAACACCAAACGUGUUUGCUUAAUAUUUGUCUUUAAGAAAUGGCUUUUUCUGGCCACUCUUCCAUAAAGCCCAGCUCUGUGGAGUGUAAGGCUUAAAGUGGUCCUAUGGACAGAUACUCCAAUCUCCGCUGUGGAGCUUUGCAGCUCUUUCAGGGUUAUCUUUGGUCUCUUUGGUGCCUCUCUGAUUAAUGUCCUCCUUGCCUGGUCCGUGAGUUUUGGUGGGUGGCCCUCUCUUGGCAGGUUUGUUGUGGUGCCAUAUUCUUUCCAUUUUUUUAUAAUGGAUUUAAUGGUGCUCCGUGGGAUGUUCAAAGUUUCUGAUAUUUUUUUAUAACCCAACCUUGAUCUGUACUUCUCCACAACUUUGUCCCUGACCUGUUUGGAGAGCUCCUUGGUCUUCAUGGUGCCGCUUGCUUGGUGGUGCCCCUUGCUUAGUGGUGUUGCAGAAUCUGGGGCCUUUCAGAACAGGUGCACACAGGUGGACUUUAUGUAACUAGUUAUGUGACUUCUGAAGGUAAUUGGCUGCACCAGAUCUUAUUUAGGGGCUUCAUAGCAAAGGUGGUGAAUACAUAUGCACGCACCACUUUUCCGUUAUUAAUUUUUUUGAUUUCUUUGAAACAAGUAAUUUUUUUCAUUUCACUUCACCAAUUUGGACUAUUUUAUGUAUGUCCAUUACUUGAAAUCCAAAUAAAAAUCCAUUUAAAUUACAGGUUGUAAUGCAACAAAAUAAGAAAAACGCCAAGGGGAUUGAAUACUUUUGCAAGGCACUAUACAGUGGGGAAAAAAAGUAUUUAGUCAGCCACCAAUUGUGCAAGUUUUCCCACUUAAAAAGAUGAGAGAGGCCUGUAAUUUUCAUCAUAGGUACACGUCAACUAUGACAGACAAAUUGAGGAAUUUAUUUCUCCAGAAAAUCACAUUGUAGGAUUUUUUAUUAAUUUAUUUGCAAAUUAUGGUGGAAAAUAAGUAUUUGGUCAUCUACAAACAAGCAAGAUUUCUGGCUCUCACAGACCUGUAACUUCUUCUUUAAGAGGCUCCUCUGUCCUCCACUCGUUACCUGUAUUAAUGGCACCUGUUUGAACUUGUUAUCAGUAUAAAAGACACCUGUCCACAACCUCAAACAGUCACACUCCAAACUCCACUAUGGCCAAGACCAAAGAGCUGUCAAAGGAAACCAGAAACAAAAUUUUAGACCUGCACCAGGCUGGGAAGACUGAAUCUGCAAUAGGUAAGCAGCUUGGUUUGAAGAAAUCAACUGUGGGAGCAAUUAUUAGGAAAUGGAAGGCAUACAAGACCACUGAUAAUCUCCCUCGAUCUGGGGCUCCACGCAAGAUCUCACCCCGUGGGGUCAAAAUGAUCACAAGAACGGUGAGCAAAAAUCCCAGAACCACACGGGGGGGGACCUAGUGAAUGACCUGCAGAGAGCUGGGACCAAAGUAACAAAGCCUACCAUCAGUAACACACUACGCCGCCAGGGACUCAAAUCCUGCAGUGCCAGACGUGUCCCCCUGCUUAAGCCAGUACAUGUCCAGGCCCGUCCGAAGUUUGCUAGAGUGCAUUUGGAUGAUCCAGAAGAGGAUUGGGAGAAUGUCAUGUGGUCAGAUGAAACCAAAAUAUAACUUUUUGGUAAAAACUCAACACGUCGUUUUUGGAGGACAAAGAAUGCUGAGUUGCAUCCAAAGAACACCAUACCUAAUGUGAAGCAUGGGGGUGGAAACAUCAUACUUUGGGGCUGUUUUUCUGCAAAGAGACCAGGACGACUGAUCCGUGUAAAGGAAAGAAUGAAUGGGGCCAUGUAUCGUGAGAUUUUGAGUGAAAACCUCCUUCCAUCAGCAAGGGCAUUGAAGAUUAAACGUGGCUGGGUCUUUCAGCAUGACAAUGAUCCCAAACACACCGCCCGGGCAACGAAGGAGUGGCUUCGUAAGAAGCAUUUCAAGGUCCUGGAGUGGCCUAGCCAGUCUCCAGAUCUCAACCCCAUAGAAAAUCUUUGGAGGGAGUUGAAAGUCCGUGUUGCCCAGCGACAGCCCCAAAACAUCACUGCUCUAGAGGAGAUCUGCAUGGAGGAAUGGGCCAAAAUACCAGCAACAGUGUGUGAAAACCUUGUGAAGACUUACAGAAAACGUUUGACCUGUGUCAUUGCCAACAAAGGGUAUAUAACAAAGGAUUGAGAAACUUUUGUUAUUGACCAAAUACUUAUUUUCCACCAUAAUUUGCAAAUAAAUUCAUUAAAAAUCCUACAAUGUGAUUUUCUGGAUUUUCUUUUCUCAUUUUUUCUGUCAUAGUUGACGUGUACCUAUGAUGAAAAUUACAGGCCUCUCUCAUCUUUUUAAGUGGGAGAACUUGCACAAUUGGUGGCUGACUAAAUACUUUUUUUCCCCACUGUACAUGUAUUUUUUAUUUUUCAGAAAUCAAGAAAAGUUUACUCGCCUGCUUACAUUUUUCAUUUGAACAGGGAUAACUAUCAGCCACCCAAAGAGUGGCUGAUUACAUUACUAUUGAAGCAGGAGGCAAAUGGUCAAUAUAAAAGCCAUGUACACCUCAAAAACUGGAGACUGCUCACUUUAUUGUGCUGUGAUACCCAUAUUCUAUCAAAAAUGCACUUAGAAUGAAGAAAUUAAUAAGUAGAAUUAACCAAAGUCAGCAAUCUGGCUACAUUAGUGACAAUAUUCAUUAUUUUCUUGAAACUAUUGAACAUUAUGAAAAGGAAGAAAAGGCAGGUUUGAUGUUUAUUGCAGCUUUUGAGAAGGCUUUUGGUAAGAUAAAAUUGGAUUUCAUUUAUGGAUGCCUUCAGUAUUUUAGUAGUUUAUUCAAUGGUUUGGGGUCUUCUAUCCAAAACCAGUGAGUAAAGCAGUGAAUAAUGGGUAUUUAUCUGACAACUUUGAGUUAUUUAGAGGGCCCCGACUAUCGCCUUAUUUAUUCUUAUUGGUUAGAGACAUACCAUUUUCAUUUGGAAAACAACAAAUUGGUUGCCUUCACACACAAAUUCCACUCUUUCUGGGAGGAGCAGUUUGAUACUCCCAUCCCUUGAAAACAGGUUUUUGGCUUGAUUUAUAAAACAACAUUAGACGCCAUCUUCAGUUGAAGAUAUUGUAAAAAUAUCUGGCUACAAACAAGAUGAUGGUGCAUCGAAGAAUCACAUUUGUGCCGUUUUUGUGGUGUGGAGUAUUUGCAAAAGAAAAUCUGGUAUUGCCCCAUAGUUGUUAACUUUGUGGUCCUCUGUAGCUCAGUUGGUAGAGCACGGCGCUUGUAACGCCAAGGUAGUGGGUUCGAUCCCCGGGACCACCCAUACACAAAAAAUGUAUGCACAAAUGACUGUAAGUCGCUUUGGAUAAAAGCGUCUGCUAAAUGGCAUAUUAUUAUUAUAACUUUAUUUUCUAUAAUAGUUUUUUCAAAAUAGUUUUUUUGUAUUUUUACACCCUUUUUCUUCCCAAUUUCGUGAUAUCCAAUUGCUAUCCAAUUACGAUCUUAUCUCAUCGCUGCAACUCCUCAAUAGGCUCGGGAGAGGCGAAGGUCGAGUCAUGCGUCCUACGAAACAUGACCCUCCAAGCCGCGCUGCUUCUUAACACCCGCUCACUUGACCCGGGCAAAUUGUGCACCGCCCUAUGGGACUCUCGGUCACAGCUGGAUCGAACCCCAGGCUGUAGUGACGCCUCAACACUGCGAUGCAGUGACUUAGACCACUGCGCCACUCGGGAGUCCCGUAGUUGCUAACUUUUGGGUAAAAGUAAAACAGUGGUUACUCCCUGUUUUGUUAUAAUAAUAAAAUAAUAAAUAAUUGGUCAUUUAGCAGACGCUCUUAUCCAGAGCGACUAGGGUUAAGUGCCUUGCUCAAGGGCACAUCGACAGAUUUUUCACCUAGUCGGCUCGGGGAUUAGAACCAGCGACCUUUCGGUUACUGGCACAACGCUCUUAACCACUAAGCUACCUGCCGCCCACCACUAAGCUACCUGCCGUUAUAUCUCCACCAACAGUUAUAUUGGGUGACUUAAGGGAUAGAAGCAACACGAUAUACAAUCUCUUAAUUCUGCUGGGGAAAGCUUUCCUUUUUUAAACUUCUAAAUAUCUGUCAAACACUUUUAUACACUAGAAGGAUUGAUCAACAAAAAAAAAUAAUGGGAGGUCUCCAGAUUUUACUGAUAAGUGUGACCAAAUAACAAGUCAAGAGAGAUGGGCCUGAUUUCAUAGGCAAAGGAAAUGUGCUCCUGAUCGAUAGUCAUAUGACAAUUCUAGUUGUUGUUAUUAUUAUAUUUUUAUAUUUUUUUUAUUGUGUUAUUUUUUUAAAUGUCCUUUUGUAGUUUGUUAGAGUAAUUGCUUGUUUGUUUUUGUGUGUCCAACACACUGAGGUAUUGGGCUGAAGAGGGUGGGGUGUUCUGGGGGAGGCGUGGCGGGUAGUCUGGGGGACCAUGAACCUUCUCUAUUGUGGGAUGGUUAAUGCAAUGGCUGUCAAUGGUAUUACAUACCUAUGAUUGUUUUUUAAAUGAAGGAAAUAAAUACCAUCAAAAAUAAAUAUUUUAAAUAAUAAAAAUAGUUUAGUCCUCAAAAAAAAAUAAUGAAUUCAGAGGAAGAUGUUUUAAACCAAGACAUCAUGCACUACAUUUCCCUCUACAUUUCCCAAUAAAUAUUCCUACAGGAGGCUACCAGAGAAAAUCCUUGUAAGGUAGCUUAGUGGGUAAGAGCGUUGUGCCAGUAACCGAAAGGUCGCUGGUUCUAAUCCCCGAGCCGACUAGGUGAAAAAUCUGUCGGUGCCCUUAAGCAAGGCACUUAACCCUAAUUGCUCAUGUAAGUCGCUCUGGAUAAGAGCGUCUGCUAAGUGACUAAAAUGUAAAUGUAAAUAUAUCCGAGGAAGAUUCCCUAAAUACAGUAUAAUGAAAUCUGCUGCUCUGGUGUGUUGUUGUUUCCUGGUGCUGCUGCUAAUGUUGUAUGUUUGGGAAGGAAAUUCACAGGUAUCACUCUAUAUUCCUCAUGCUGCCUGCUGCCAGCCUGAUCUCUGCAGAUACAAGUGGAAAGGGGUGAUAAGAGGAAUAUACCCACUGAGUCAUAGAGUCCUGUGUAGCUCAGUUGGUAGAGCAUGGCGUUUGCAACGCCAGGGUUGUGGGUUCGAUUCCCACGGGGGGCCAGUAUGAAAAUGUAUGCACUCACUAACUGUAAGUCGCUCUGGAUAAAAUAUAAAGAAAUAGAGGCCAAAUACUGGACACAGUAGAGUUGGAAGGAAGCGUAAAGUUAGAGCGAUUUGUAUUUGAGAGGGAGUGUGUUAGAGAGAGACUGUUUUAGAGCUACUGUGUUACAAAAACUGUGGUAAACCAUUUUUACACUACUGAGCCCAGCUGACCUGUACUGUGCUGGCCUGGUUACACAUCCACCAUGGACAAAAUUAAAAUAACAUAUCUGAGCCAGCACAUUACGGUUCAGGUCAGCACGAUAAUGUGAAAAGAAUAUGAGAGCACUGUGUACGUAACUGUCAGUGGAGGCUGCUGAUGGGAGGAUGGCUCAUAAUAAGGGCUGGAAUGGAGUCAAUGGAAUGGCAUCAAACACAUCAAAGACGUGGUUUCCAUGUGUUUGUUACCAUUCCAUUGACUCCAUUCCAGCCAUUAUUAUGAGCUGUCCUCCUCUCAGCAGCCUCCACUGGUAUCUGUACUGUAGGCUGGAAAUCCUCUCCGGCAUAAAGCUAGUGGAGUCGUGGCCUUUGGUUACACUGCAUGCUAAGAGAGCUGCUAUACUAGAGAUGUGAGUCGCUCAGAGGAGGGAGUGACUGAUCGGCCAUUUUGGAGAUUGCUAUUGCUGGCCUCUAGCUGCUGGCUUCUCUUCUGACAUAAAUUGGCAUGUUAGUGUGUUGAACCAUAAUAUUCCCUGAGUGUUAAGCCUUGACUGUGGUGCUAUGGAAACAGAGGAGGGAUAAUCUUAAAGGCACUGUAAACUAUUGUCUCACAGUUUGCCUGUGUCUGAAAUGGCACCCUAUUCCCUAUAUAGCACACUACCUUUGACCAGAGCCCUGGUCAAACGUAGUGCACUACAUAGGGGAUAAGGUGCCCUUUCGGACGCAGACUGUUUGAUACAGUGUGUUAUUGAUGAUUGAUUUUCUUCCUCUCUCAUGUCCUUUGCCUUGACUCUGACCCCUGUAUGGAACCUGAAUAUGCUUCUCUCUCUGUCUCCACAGCUAGCCAGGCCAGAGAUCUGUUGUCUAAGAUGUUGAUUAUUGAUCCAGCCAAGCGGAUACAAGUGGACGAAGCCUUACAGCACCCCUACAUCAACGUUUGGUACGACCCAGCCGAGGUGGAGGCGGUGAGUAGGAGGAGCAUAGAAUGAGAAUGAAGGAAUUAGAAUGACAUCAUUCUAUGAGGAUGAAUCUGUACCCAGCUAUCACAUAAUGUUCUGAGAACAAUAUGUUUCUUAGAGCUUGGUGAGAUGGUGGUUUUUAUUUUGCAUACAACCUUCCCACAAUUGGUGCAGGAUAGUUGUUUGGCUUUGGAAAAUUCUCAGCACAUUUAAGAACCUGAAAAAAAUAAGUUAUUUUCUUGAUAUUUCAUUACUUUAACAGAAUGUUUCCUAAAAGUUCAAACAUGGUUACAUUUCAGUUAAAAUUUGGUAAUGUUCUAGGAAUGUUCUCCAACUGGUUUAAUAUUGGGAAUGUUCUCAAAAGGUUCAGAACAUUAAGAAACAACAUUCUUCUGUGGGAUUUGCUGUACUUCAGCAUAGCGUUUCCUCCGUUUCCUCAUGGUUCUAUUUAAAGUCAUGUUCUCAAAUUGUUCCGAGAACAUUAAGACAACGUUCCAUAAAAAGCACAAUAAAAUGUUUACGUUCAGAGAACGUUCUAAGAAUGUUAUUUAAAAACAUACAUUCAGUUCUCAGAACGUGAAGAAAACUUUCCAUAAAAAACACAAGAAAACUUUAGUAACGUUCAGAGAAUGUUCUAAGAAUGUUAUUUAAAAACAUUACAUUCUUAGCAUCAGCAAAACAUAUUGAAAUAUUCCAUAACGUUUUUAGGAAGUUAUUCAAUUAAUACAACUUCACAGGAAAACAUUAAAGGAACCAGAGUAAAUUGUUCUCAGAACAUCCCUGCAACCUAAAAAUAAAAGUUCCCAGAAAAGUCAAAAUAUUCACUUCUGUUUUCAGGAAAGGUAUGACUUUUUUCCCACAACCAAUGUGAAACCAAAAACAUACAUUCCCACAACUACCAAGGAACCAGAUGUGCUAGCUGGGUAGCCAGAAUGAGAGUGGCAGCCUUAUAGAUUAGUAGCCCUAGCUCAAUCCUAUAGCUCGUCGCCCGUUUAGUUAAGCCUGUUUCCAUUUGCCUUGUGUUUGUAUUAGAGGUGUGUAGAUAUAUACUGUAGGUAAUGGUUACUAUGGGAACUGUCCGGAGAGAGUGCAUUUUCUAUAUAUAUAUAUAUUAUUAUUUUAUUUUUUUUAUUUUUUUUUACAUCUCAUAAUUUUUUUUUUUUGUCAAACCUUUUAUGGUCAUCCCCUACCCACUUAGGCUUAUAGAAACAUGUACGCAUGCUACUGACAAUCAUGAACUGUAGAUACAUCCCAGCAGGCUAAACUGGUUGUUUUGCCGGCGGGAAUGUGCAUGAUUCCUCAAAUAGGACACAUACACACAGUGUCAAUACUUUUGGAGAAUACACUACAUUAUCCUCCAAGGGUUGUGAAUGAUGGGAGUCAUGUGAUAAGGACAGAUCUUACUGGAACAUAAUAGACAUAAUAGCAGGCAUUUAUUGAGGUCCACUGGUUAUGUGCUUAUGCAUUAAGUAUAGUCAUUCCCUCUUGAAGACCUUUGUCAUUAUGAGAUAAUGUGAGAUUGGGAAAAAGCCAUUUGCAGCCCGUCUCUUGCUUGAUGAAUUCUUUAGAUGCAAUACACACAAAGUAUGCCUAUUUGCCUAUGCAUAAUGCAAUACAGUAUGAAUGGCUUUCCCUGAACUGUAAUACAGUGAGCAUACAUAGGACUGGGGUGGUGCAUGUAAGCUAACCGUCUCUGUUAGCCUGGAACGACUUUAUAUGAAAGAAGUGUACAAAUAUACAGUAUGAACAGCUCUCAACAAGAUAAAUUAAUACAAUGAUCAAGUUUAUUGUUACUUCCUUAUUUGAGAUCGAAUCACACACCUUCACUAUAAUAUCUUUGUUUGGAAAUAUGAAUAUGCGUUUUAAAGUAUUAUAUGACUUUUAAUGUGGGGAGAACAAGUAUUUGAUACACUGCCGAUUUUGCAGGUUUUCCUACUUACAAAGCAUGUAGAGGUCUGUAAUUUUUAUCAUAGGUACACUUCAACUGUGAGAGACUGAAUCUAAAACCAAAAUCCAGAAAAUCACAUUUUAUGAUUUUUAAGUAAUUAAUUUGCAUUUUAUUGCAUGACAUAAGUAUUUGAUCACCUACCAACCAGUAGGAAUUCCGGCUCUCACAGACCUGUUAGUUUUUCUUUAAGAAGCCCUCCUGUUCUCCACUCAUUACCUGUAUUAACUGCACCUGUUUGAACUCAUUACCUGUAUAAAAGACACCUGUCCACACACUCAAUCAAACAGACUCCAACCUCUCCACAAUGGCCAAAACCAGAGAGCUGUGUAAGGACAUCAGGGAUAAAAUUGUAGACCUGCACAAGGCUGGGAUGGGCUACAGGACAAUAGGCAAGCAGCUUGGUGAGAAGGCAACAACUGUUGGCGCAAUUAUUAGAAAAUGGAAGAAGUUCAAGAUGACGGUCAAUCAUCCUCGGUCUGGGGCUCCAUGCAAGAUCUCACCUCGUGCGGCAUCAAUGAUCAUGAGGAAGGUGAGGGAUCAGCCCAGAACUACACGGCAGGACCUGGUCAAUGACCUGAAGAGAGCUGGGACUACAGUCUCAAAGAAAACCAUUAGUAACACACUACGCCGUCAUGGAUUAAAAUCCUGCAGCGCACGCAAGGUCCCCCUGCUCAAGCCAGCGCAUGUCCAGGCCCGUCUGAAGUUUGCCAAUGACCAUCUGGAUGAUCCAGAGGAGGAAUGGGAGAAGGUCAUGUGGUCUGAGACAAAAAUAGAGCUUUUUGGUCUAAACUCCACUCGCCGUGUUUGGAGGAAGAAGAAGGAUGAGUACAACCCCAAGAACACCAUCCCAACCGUGAAGCAUGGAGGUGGAAACAUCAUUCUUUGGGGAUGCUUUUCUGCAAAGGGGACAGGACGACUGCACCGUAUUGAGGGGAGGAUGGAUGGGGCCAUGUAUUGCGAGAUCUUGGCCAACAACCUCCUUCCCUCAGUAAGAGCAUUGGAGAUGGGUCGUGGCUGGGUCUUCCAGCAUGACAACGACCCGAAACACACAGCCAGGGCAACUAAGGAGUGGCUCCGUAAGAAGCAUCUCAAGGUCCUGGAGUGGCCAAGCCAGUCUCCAGACCUGAACCCAAUAGAAAAUAUUUGGAGGGAGCUGAAAGUCCGUAUUGCCCAGCGACAGCCCCGAAACCUGAAGGAUCUGGAGAAGGUCUGUAUGGAGGAGUGGGCCAAAAUCCCUGCUGCAGUGUGUGCAAACCUGGUCAAGACCUACAGUGUCAAGAAUGCUGUAGGUGGGUGUAGUGGUGGAAUCAAGCGCAGGACACCGAAGUAUAGUCCAAAAGACUUUAGUGCAAUUCCCAACAAGGGAAAAAUCGAACACACUGGCCCGAAGGCGAAACUACGCACGAAGGCGACAAAACAAAAGGCGCACAAACUUAUAGGACACUAAUUACACUAAACGAGAACAGGUGUCACAACAAACAGACAAAAGCAAACGAACAUAGAAACAUGCAACGGUGGCAGCUAGUAUUCCGGAGACAACGAACGCCGAAGCCUGCCCGAACAAGGAAGAGAGGCAGCCUCGGCCGAAACCGUGACAGUACCCCUCCCUUGACGCGCGGCUCCAGACGUGCGCCGACUCCGGCCUCGGGGACGACCAGGAGGACGCGGAGCAGGGUGCGUCGGGUGCCCACGAUGGAAUUCCGUCAGGAGAGACGGGUCCAAAAUGUCUCUCCUCGGCACCCAGCACCGUUCCUCCGGACCGUACCCCUCCCACUCCACUAGAUAUUGGAGACCCCCCAUCCGACGUCUCGAAUCCAAGAUGGACCUCACGGAGUACGCCGGUGCCCCCUCGAUGUCCAAUGGGGGCGGAGGAGUCUCCCUGAUCUCACUUUCUUGGAGUGGGCCAGCUACCACCGGCCUGAGAAGAGACACAUGGAACGAGGGGUUAAUACUUUUAUAUUCAACAGGUAGUUGUAAUUUGUAACACACCUCGUUCAACCUUCUCAGGACUUUAAAUGGCCCUACAAACCGCCGACCCAGUUUCCGACAGGGCAGGCGGAGGGGCAGGUUUCUGGUAGAGAGCCAGACUCGAUCACCAGGUGCGUACACCGGUCCCUCACUGCGGUGGAGAUCGGCGCUCGCCUUAUGACGACGGAGGGCCCGCUGCAGGUGGACGUGUGCAGCGUUCCAUGUCUCCUCCGAGCGCCGCGCCCACUCAUCCACCGCAGGAGCCUCGAUCUGGCUCUGCUGCCAAGGUGCCAGAACCGGCUGGUAACCUAACACACAUUGGAAAGGGGUUAGGUUAGUGGAGGAAUGGCGUAGGGAAUUCUGGGCCAUCUCGGCCCAGGGAACGUACCUUGCCCACUCCUCCGGCCGGUCCUGGCAGUAUGUUCUAAGAAACCUACCCACAUCCUGGUUCACGCGUUCCACCUGCCCAUUACUCUCCGGGUGGUAACCCGAGGUGAGGCUCACCGAGACCCCCAACCGCUCCAUAAAGGCUCUCCAGACCCUGGAGGUCAAUUGGGGACCUCGAUCAGACACAAUAUCCUCGGGUACCCCGUAGUGCCGGAACACAUGGGGGAAUAGUGCUUCGGCAGUUUGCAGGGCAGUAGGAAGGCCCGGCAUGGGGAGCAAACGACAGGCCUUAGAAAACCGGUCCACAACGACCAGUAUAGUGGUAUUCCCCUGUGAAGGAGGAAGGUCAGUAAGGAAAUCCACCGAGAGGUGGGACCAUGGUCGUUGUGGAACGGGCAGGGGUAGUAACUUACCCCUAGGCAGAUGUCUAGGCGCCUUACACUGGGCGCACACCGAGCAGGAGGAAACAUAAACCCUCACAUCCCUUGCCAACGUGGGCCACCAGUACUUGGCACUAAGACAGUGCACUGUCCGGCCGAUACCAGGGUGUCCAGAGGAGGGUGACGUGUGAGCCCAAUAGAUCAAUCGAUCCCGAACCUCGAGCGGAACGUACUUCCGACCCUCCGGGCAUUGCGGUGGACUAGGGUCGGUGCGUAACGCCCGCUCGAGCUCAGCAUCGACCUCCCACACUACCGGUGCCACCAGACACGACUCCGGCAGUAUGGGAGUGGGCUCCACGGACCUCUCCUCCGUGUCAUAUCGCCGAGACAGUGCAUCUGCCUUACCGUUCUGUGACCCAGGGAUGUACGUGAUCUUAAAUGUAAACCGGGUCAAAAACAUAUUCCAUCUUGCCUGGCGAGGGUUCAGCCUCCUCGCUGCCCGGAUGUACUCCAGGUUACGGUGGUCCGUCAAAAUGAGGAAAGGGUGUUGAGCCCCCUCAAGCCAGUGCCUCCACACCUUUAGGGCCUGUACCACGGCUAACAGCUCCCUGUCCCCUACGUCAUAGUUUCGCUCCGCCGGACUGAGCUUCUUGGAAUAAAAAGCACAGGGGCGGAGUUUAGGUGGCGCGCCUGACCGUUGUGAAAGCACGGCUCCUAUACCGGCCUCUGACGCGUCCACCUCUACCUGAAAUGGCAAGGAGGGAUCCGGAUGCGCCAGCACCGGGGCCGAGGUAAACAGGUCCUUCAGCCUCCCAAACGCCCUGUCCGCCUCAGCAGACCACUGCAGACGCACCGGACCCCCCUUCAAAAGAGACGUGAUGGGAGCUGCCACCUGUCCAAAACCCCGGAUAAACCUCCGGUAGUAAUUCGCAAACCCCAAAAACUGCUGCACCUCCUUCACAGUGGUUGGUGUUUGCCAAUUACGCACGGCUGAUACCCGGUCUACCUCCAUCUUCACCCCUGACGCAGACAACUGAUACCCCAAAAAGGAGACCGACUCCUGGAAAAACAGACACUUCUCUGCCUUCACAUACAGGUCGUGCUCCACCAGCCUCCGCAACACUCUGCGCACCAGGGCCACAUGCUCGACUCGGGUAGGCGAGUACACGAGAAUGUCAUCUAUGUACACAACCACCCCCUGCCCCUGCAUGUCCCUGAAGAUCUCAUCCACGAAUGAUUGGAAAACUGACGGAGCGUUCAUCAACCCGUAUGGCAUGACAAGAUACUCGUAAUGGCCCGAGGUGGUACUAAAGGCUGUCUUCCAUUCAUCGCCCUUCCUGAUGCGCACCAAGUUGUACGCGCUCCUGAGAUCUAAUUUAGUGAAGAAAUGCGCCCCAUGCAAUGACUCAGUCAUGGUCGCAAUCAGCGGGAGUGGAUAACUGUACUUCACCGUGAUCUGAUUGAGACCACGGUAAUCAAUGCACGGGCGUAAACCACCAUCCUUUUUCUUCACAAAAAAGAAACUCGAGGACGCAGGGGAAGUGGAAGGCCGUAUGUAUCCUUGUCUCAGAGAUUCGUCUAUGUAAGUCUCCAUAGCUUUCUUCUCCUCCUGAGACAGAGGAUACACAUGGCUCCGUGGGAGCGCAGCUCCUGCCUGGAGGUCUAUCGCACAAUCUCCCUGCCUAUGGGGCGGCAACCGCGUCGCCCUCGACUUACUAAACGCAAUAGCCAAAUCCCCAUACUCAGGGGGAACGUGCAAUGCGGGCACCUGGUUUGGACUCUCCACCGAGGUAGCCCCUACGGAAACGCCCAAACAUCGACCCACACACUGGGCAGACCACUCCAUCAGAGCCCUCUCCUGCCACGAAAUAGAUGGGUUAUGGGUACUCAACCAGGGCAUGCCCAGCACCACCGGAUACGCAGGCGAGUCGAUCAGAAAUAGCUGAAUCAUCUCCUGAUGACCCCCCUGUGCACACAUCCUAAGUGGCGCAGUGACCUCCCUGAUCAAGCCCGCACCCAACGGACGGCUAUCUAGGGCAUGAACGGGGAAAGGGACGUCAACAGGGAGAAGGGGAAUCCCUAAGGCUAAACAAAACUUCUUAUCAACAAAAUUCCCAGCCGCGCCUGAAUCUACCAGCGCCUUAUGCUGGGAAUGAGGUGCUACCUGUGGAAAACGCACAGGUAUACAGAAAUGUGCAACAGAGAGCUCUGGGUGAGUGGGGCGCCUACUCACCUGGAAGGACUCCCCAGUGCGGGACCUGUCGUCCUCUCCCCUAGGAGGCCAUCCCCAGCACCUAGCCGCGGUGUGUCCUCCCCGACCACAGUUGGUGCAGGAGAUGGACCCCCUCGUAAGCCGACCCCUCCUCUCUCCAGCGCCAGCGCCCCCGAGCUCCAUGGGGCACGGCUCGGAGGCGCUGGAGGGUGAAAUGGACGGACCCCCCUCGGAACGUCCGCGGGUAGCUAGCAGGUUAUCCAGCCUGAUGGACAUGUCGACCAACUGGUCGAACGAGAGGCUGGUGUCCCUACAGGCCAGCUCCCGACGGACGUCCUCGCGUAGACUACAUCUGUAGUGAUCGAUGAGAGCCCGCUCAUUCCACCCUGCAUCCGCCGCUAGAAUACGGAAUUCUAGGGCGAACUCCUGGGCACUCCUCCUCCCCUGCCGGAGGAAGACCAGACGCUCCCCCGCCGCUUUCCCCUCCGGGGGAUGGUCAAACACCGCCUUGAAGCGGCGGGAGAACUCGUCGUAGGUGAUGGUGUCCGCGUCGAUCCUCCUCCACUCUGCGUUGGCCCAUUCCAACGCCUUCCCGGAAAGGCAGGAGAUCAGGGCGGACACGCUCUCAUGUCCCGAGGGCGCCGGGUGCACGGUGGCCAGGUACAGCUCCACCUGGAGAAGGAAUCCCUGACACCCGGCCGCGGUCCCAUCGUAGGCCCUCGGGAGCGAGAGUCGAACUCCUCUGGGUUCCGGAGCGGGAAUGGGCAGACUUGCCGAUGGUGCUGGCAGAGAGGAUGGCGGUGGAGGAGUCCCCCAGCCUCGGAUGGUGGUGAUCACCUCCUGCAGUGCGGACCCCAUCUGCAGGAUCUGGUCACUCUGUUCACGGACCUUUUCCUCCAGCGUCGCCUGGGCUGCUGCGGCUCCUGCUGAUUCCAUUCUUGAUGGUGUGUGAUUCUGUCAAGAAUGCUGUAGGUGGGUGUAGUGGUGGAAUCAAGCGCAGGACACCGAAGUAUAGUCCAAAAGACUUUAGUGCAAUUCCCAACAAGGGAAAAAUCGAACACACUGGCCCGAAGGCGAAACUACGCACGAAGGCGACAAAACAAAAGGCGCACAAACCAUGUGCGUAAAACGCUCCAACACAGUGGAGUAAAGCUCAACCGAGCGAAUAAGUAAUAUAUAUUACAAGCACAACACACGACAGAAAAACAAUCACACACAACACCAGACAAACACAACGAGAAACUUAUAGGACACUAAUUACACUAAACGAGAACAGGUGUCACAACAAACAGACAAAAGCAAACGAACAUAGAAACAUGCAACGGUGGCAGCUAGUAUUCCGGAGACAACGAACGCCGAAGCCUGCCCGAACAAGGAAGAGAGGCAGCCUCGGCCGAAACCGUGACAUACAGGAAACAUAUGAUCUCUGUAAUUGGAAACGAAAGGUUUUUGUUUUAGAUUCCGUCUCUCACAGUUGAAGUGUUCCUAUGAUAAAAAAUUACAGACCUCUACAUGCUUUGUAAGUAGGAAAACCUGCAAUAUCGGCAGUGUAUCAAAUACUUGUUCUUCCCACUGUAUAUAUUUAAUUUGUAGCAUGUCUCAUUCUUUUGUGAAAACAUAAUUUUAGUUUAUCAUAGCAAAUAUGACCAAAACGUGAUACCCUACAUGAUGAUGUUAGUUGAUGUAGCAUAUAUGAUGAUGUAUAGAUGUGAUAUACAGUAUAUAUACUGUAUAUAUAUUACAUUGGCCAUCUAUGGCAUUACAAUCUCCCUGAAACCAAUGUUGUACUGUUUCUUUCCCCCCUCUCUAUUGUCAUUUCAUGCUGAUGAAGGCCAGGGAUCUCGUCCAAAUAUCAAUGGUAAAUAAAAACCGUCCUACCUCAAGAUAAAUAUAUAUCAUACAACAUAUAGAGCAUUGCAAACAUGAUAUGACCAGGUAUAACGGUACAAAACUGGACUAAAUAUAUUUUUGGGUGGCUGUCCAAAACCCCAUCUUCAGCUCUUUUUCAAAGACCUCUUAGAAAAAAAGCUGCUACCUUUUUGGUUCUAAGUGUACAGCAUAUAGAAAGUGUACAGCAUAUAGAGCAUUACAAAUAUGAUAUGACCAAAGUUGCACCAUCCGAAGAAACCCCUCAGUACAUGUUCUAUGAGGCACACACAUAAUUACUUAUAAGGUAAUUUAUAAUGAGUUAUGAUAAAUUUAUGGUGCAUUAUAACACUUCAUUUUAAGUUGUUAGAACAACUCCUACAGAUAGGAUGUGGCAGGAUGUAUGUGUGCUGUGUCUGUGUGGCAUUCUCCUCACUAAUGGAAAGCAAUAUAGGCUGGCAUGCCUAUAGGAUUUUAGACAUAACAACACAAUCAGAUGGAAAUAUGGGAGGGGCCUGGACUGUAGGCUCUACAAGUUAAAUAUUAUUAAUAAUAUUAUUAUUAUUACUACGUCCCCAGAGGAGGUGUUGUCCUUCUGCCUGUCAAUCAUCUAAUCAUAAAGGAAAACUAGAGUAGAUUGUCUUAGUUGUGCAGAGAUUUAUUGUCGUGAAGGGGCAUUGUAAAUGAUUGUAAGAAAUAUCUUCCUUUUCUUUCAUUCUUCAUCUCAAUUCGGUAGCCUAUUAUCAUCCCAACCCACCUCUGUAUCUUACCAUUCUUUGUUCUCAUCAUUAUCACUUGUUCUGUGCAUUGAAUGGGUUUGGCUGUUCAAAAACAUCAUGCAACUGAUGCUGAGAGUGUAUGUUCUGUCCCCUCUCUGCUGAUUUACAGAACUCUCAUUCAUUGUGUGUGUGUGUGUGUGUGUGUGUGUGUGCAUGCUGCUACAUCAUAUUUUGUAAAGAUGGCUAGUGUUGCACAUGUUUAGAGCUUGUGUCAUUUAAUUUAUAGUGGAAACUUUAAAGUGUAUUGUUUUUAAGGGAUAAUUUAAAUGCUAUCAUGAUACUGGCAGUUCUUAGAUAUCACGAAUAUCUUAGCCGUUGCUAAAACCAGGUUCAGCAGACAGUCAAUUAUUUUUCUGUUUCUCCCUCCAGCCUCCUCCUGCUAUCUAUGACAAACAACUGGAUGAGAGAGAACACUCUAUCGAUGAAUGGAAAGGUAAACAUGUCAUAUUCCUUUAUACAUACUAAUUAUAUUGCUAUGGAUGCCUAUAUUGGUGUAUCUCUGAAUAAGGUAGGAUCUCUGAAUAAAGGCAAACGUUUAUGGUCUCUAGGGAGACACUUCCCAACUUGCAUUCACUGCUGUUCUCUAUUCUCUUGUGUAUCUAGUUUCCUAGAAGAUUGUCAACAAUUCAGUUUGCUUAUCUGUUUUCUAUUUGUGUCUGUUUACUAACUUUGUAUAUUAACUUUUCCAUUUACCUUGUAGCCUUCUCAUGGUAAUUAGACUUAGAACAGACAGCUAGAGCAGAGGAGAAUUGGUUUCUGUGCUGGUAUUUAAUGUUUUUUUCAUCCCCAACUGUUCUUUCUUGUCUCUCUCCUUCUCUCUCUCUCUCUCUCUCUCUCUCUCUCUCUCUCUCUCUCUCUCUCUCUCUCUCUCUCUCUCUCUCUCUCUCUCUCUCUCACUUUUCAGAACUAAUCUACAAAGAGGUGAUGAACUUUGAGGAGAGGACGAAGAACGGGGUAGUGAAGGGACAACCCUCUCCCUCAGGUACUCUCAGUGCAUAACCUAGUCCCUCUGUAAGUUGAUUUAAUAAUACAGUAUAAUCACUGGGUUCUUCUUGUAACAGAGAAAUCCAUCUGUGCAUUGACCCAUGCGUCUUUGUUUCCCAUCUUGUUUUCCCGAGACAAAUAUAAUUGAUAGGCUACAUAAGUGUUAUAUCUGUAUGAAUUUGUACAUGAGUAAUUAUAUCUGUAUGUAAAAGUAUCCAUCUAAACUGUAGAUUUGGUCAUUUUUGACCAAACUUGCAUGUUUUGUGUAUGUACAAUGAUUAAUCUGUAUUUGAAUGGUAUUACUGUACGCAAUUAAGUGUUUAGAAAUACAUAUCUGCGACUCCACUCUAUAUUGAGUAACUGAGCAGUUUUAAUGUGUAUUUAUUAAAAAAGGCUGUCCACCUAGGUCAUGUAGGCUAGCUAUGUAUAUGUAUUUUCACAUCUGUGUAUGCACUGUCACAUAUCAUGAUUUAAGGCUGGGGUCCUUGGUCCAUACUCUUCUAGAUAGCACUAGAAUUCAUCUCAUUUUCAGUCAAAAUAAAAUAUUGUAGUGUUUACUGAAGCAGCAGCUGGGUGUCAUUCACAUGUAUGGACACUGGGGAGCAGUGUGGAAUCAUGAUGGCACAGUAUUGGUAACAUUAUUAUGGCGUCCGUCCAGAGUCUAGUGCAGCUGAGAGAGGAAAACAACUUGCCUCGGUCGUUCUCCUCAGCUAUUUUCUGCAGAGAACGUUUUCAUAUUGUACCAUGUCUCCUUAUGUAUGCUGUAUUUGGGGAUGGCUUGGGAUCUACAGAGGGAACCCCUUGCAUCUCUUGGACAGUGAGAAGGCUAAACUGCUACCUUGGGAUUGAUUUAAUCCGCAGUGCGAUACUGUAGCUCUCUCCCUCCCCCCCCUCUCUUUCUGUCCCUCAUCCCUCUACCUCUCCCUCUCUCUGUCUCCCUCCCUCCCUAGCUCUCUGCAAUUAAGAAGGUGGUUAGCCCUAGUGCUGAGGAGAGCAGGGAACAGACGCAGUGCAGCUGAAGAGCCCCAGACGGCAGUAUUUCACAGCAGUAGCAGCACCAGGCUCUAAAGCACUGCCUUUAGCACCACUUGGCUCACAUAGAUGGAUAGCGUUAGAGUAAACAUGUUACUCUGUGAUUGGAGACAAUCAAUGUUUGAACCAUAAAUUGUGAUUUAGCCUCUAUUUUGUUGGAGGUCAGAUGAAAUGUCUUCAACUGUCCUUUAACCACUCCUCUCCCACUGCUACAGACACAUAAACAGGAGAUUGAUGGUCCGCCUGGAGGGCACGGUGUCUGUCCUUUUUACAUAUCACCGCACCAUUGGCAUGCGCUGGACCGAGAGGGAUCGUUUUAGCAAAGCAAACUCGCUUUUUCUCUUAACUGGCUUAAGGUUACAUUUACAUUUUAGUAAUUUAGCAGACGUUCUUAUCCAGAGCGACUUACAGUAGUGAGAGCAUACAUUUUUCAUACUUGUCCCCCAUUGGGAAUUGAACCCACAACCCUGGCGUUGCAAGUGCCAUGCUCUACGAAGUGAGCCACACAAGACCCAAGUACAGUAGCUCUUCUGUAUCUGGUCAUCUUUCUAAUUCUUCGCUGUCUGAUACUUUGUCUAGGACAUAGACUUGAGGUUUGCUAGCUACCUACGGUAGUUUAACGCCACAGAUUCAACACAUUACUUAGUACUUGGUGGCAAAACCCUUGUUUUCUUGUAGUUGGCCACCAGGUUUGCACACAUCUCAGGAGGGAUUUUGUCCCACUCCUCUUUGCAGAUCUUCUCCAAGUCAUUAAGGUUUCGAGGCUGACGUUUGGCAACUCGAACCUUCAGCUCCCUCCACAGAUUUUCUAUGGGAUUAAGGUCUGGAGACUGGCUAGGCCACUCCAGGACCUUAAUGUGCUUCUUCUUGAGCCACUCCUUUGUUGCCUUGGCCGUGUGUUUUGGGUCAUUGUCAUGCUGGAAUACCCAUCCACGACCAAUUUUCAAUGCCCUGGCUGAGGGAAGGAGGUUCUCACCCAAGAUUUGACGGUACAUGGCCCCGUCCAUCGUCCCUUUGAUGCGGUGAAGUUGUCCUGUUCCCUUAGCAGAAAAACACUCCCAAAGCAUAAUGUUUCCACCUCCAUGUUUGACGGUGGGGAUGGUGUUCUUGGGGUCAUAGGCAGCAUUCCUCCUCCUCCAAACAUGGCGAGUUGAGUUGAUGCCAAAGAGCUCCAUUUUGGUCUCAUCUGACCACAACACUUUCACCCAGUUCUCCUCUGAAUCAUUCAGAUGUUCAUUGGCAAACUUCAGACAGGCCUGUAUAUGUGCUUUCUUGAGCAGGGGGACCUUGCGGGCGCUGCAGGAUUUCAGUCCUUCACGGCGUAGUGUGUUACCAAUUGUUUUCUUGGUGACUAUGGUCCCAGCUGCCUUGAGAUCAUUGACAAGAUCCUCCCGUGUAGUUCUGGGCUGAUUCCUCACCGUUCCCAUGAUCAUUGAAACUCCACGAGGUGAGAUCUUGCAUGGAGCCCCAGGCCGAGGGAGAUUGACAGUUAUUUUGUGUUUCUUCCAUUUGCGAAUAAUCGCACCAACUGUUGUCACCUUCUCACCAAGCUGCUUGGCGAUGGUCUUGUAGCCCAUUCCAGCCUUGUGUAGGACUACAAUCUUGUCCCUGACAUCCUUGGAGAGCUCUUUGGUCUUGGCCAUGGUGGAGAGUUUGGAAACUGAUUGAUUGAUUGUUUCGGUGGACAGGUGUCUUUUAUACAGGUAACAAGCUGAGAUUAGGAGCACUCCCUUUAAGAGUGUGCUCCUAAUCUCAGCUCGUUACCUGUAUAAAAUACACCUGGGAGCCAGAAAUCUUUCUGAUUGAGAGGGGUUCAAAUACUUAUUUCCCUCAUUAAAAUGCAAAACAAUUUAUAACAUUUUUGACAUGCGUUUUUCUGGAUUUUGUUAUUGUUAUUCUGUCUCUCACUGUUCAAAUAAACCUACCAUUAAAAUUAUAGACUGAUCAUUUCUUUGUCAGUGGGCAAACGUACAAUAUCAGCAGGGGAUCAAAUACUUUUUUCCCUCACUGUAGGUAGAUAGGGAACCACAUCAUUAAAUAUAAAAAUAUUACAGUAUUACAUUCUUAUUAUUACACUAAUAUGAUAUUAUUGUAUUUAAGGAGGUAGCGGACAGAGGACCCCAGCCUUAACUCGCCUCUCGCCUGUCUGGUGACACACUGUGAUGUGUUUGUAUGUGGGGUUCUGGGUGUACUAUUUGGUUGUGUCCAGUGUCUGUGUCGGGUUAUGUGUCACAGUAAGGGUUGUGACUGACUGAGGCUGUCCAGUAGUGUCUGUGGCAGGGCUGGGGUCAAUUCCAUUUCAAGUCCAGUCAAUUCAGAAAGCAAACAGAAUUCCAAUUCCACAUUUUUCUAAUUGAAAAGCAUUGAAGAAAAUUGUGGACUUCCAUAAUUGACUGGAAUUGAAAUGGAAUUGACCCCAACCCUGGUCUGCGGGGCUCUUAGUUAGUUGUAACCCGGCUGUCUGUUGAUUCCCUCAGCACAGGUGCAGCCGUGAACAGCAGUGGUGAGAGCCUCCCUUCCCCCUCCGUCAACGAUAUCUCCUCCAUGUCCACCGACCAGACCCUGGCCUCAGACACCGACAGCAGCCUGGAGACCUCCACAGGACCCCUGGGGUGUUGCAGGUGACUAGCAGCCUGCCUGCGCAACCCAAUGUUUUUCAGAAGGUGAAACACAAUGUCCAAACAACCAACCAACCCACCGAAACCUGAAAAAUAACAAAGAUUAUUUAAAAUAAAAAAGUAUCAUAUUAAAGGGAUGUUUAAGAAAACGUAAAGAAUCAUGAUUAUGAAAGUUAAGCCUGCAUUUUCAUUCAAAUAGAAACCACAAAAGUAUAAGGAAAAAAACGGAAAUAUAUAUUUAUGAACUUCUAGUUGCUUUUCUUAUAUCUCCUCCCCUAUAUGGCACCAUAAAAAAAAACACGCUUAGACAGGCAUCUUUCUGUCAAGUGUAAAUUGACUGGCUGCUGGUAACCCAAUACCUUGCAAGCGCCUGUGCUUCAGUCGAUGUGGCAAGGUGGGCACUUUCCGUACAUUACUGUACAGCAAUAUAUAAACCUCCAUUCACUUUCCCCUCUCCCCUAUAUGACGGUAUUGCUAUGUUUUAAUAAACUCUAGUUUUGGUCCUUGGGGUUGUCUCCUGUGUGGUUGACAGAUUGGUGUGUUUUUAUGUGAUUAUUUCUGCAAGGGUUUGUGCUAGUGCUCGACACUGCAUAGCACCCCCGUCUUUUGUAAAUAUCUAAUUAUGUACAGUUGCGAGCUAGGCACGCAGACAGACAGAGAGUGGGACUGAUGGCCAGUACUGGAAGUUCUUCUAUAGCACACCUUACCACAUGACAUCACCUCCUUGACCCCUGACCGUUGACCCCUAACCUUUCACCUUAGUUUGACCCCUUGCCUUUUAGUCAUGCUGCAUGAUUACAAAAGAUAACACUAAUUAUAUGAUGAAUGACAACUAUAGGUACUUUUGUUUAUAAUACCAUUUAACGUAAUGGAACUUUUCAACCGUAGUGGUGCAGAAACCCGUGGACAGGGGAGCUCUGGUUGAUGAUAGAUAUAAAAAUAUACAUACAGUGUGUGAUCUUCUGCAGGAGCAGGGCUGAGCAGGUGUGGGUUCAGUUCCAUUUCAAUUCAGUCAAUUCUGAAAGUCAACUGAAAUUCCAAUUCCACAUUUUUCUCAUUGAAAUGCAUUUAGGAAAAUUGUAAUCAGAACUAGAAUUCACUGAAUUGAAAUGUAAAUUCACCCCAACCCUGUUGCUCAGCUGGAACCUUAAGUUCUCAUAGCUGGUUUGUGCUUU